GAAGCUGUCGAGGGGUCCACCGAUGCGGCGGUACUGCGCCGACGCAACCGCGGAAAAUUCGGCGCACGCACACAGCCGAACGAGGUCCGGUCGCGGAAAAUCUGCGGCUCGAUCGCCAGCACGGGUGCCACUUGGGUGUCACUCUUCGCUCGCUCUUCAAACACGACCGACGUCUUAAGUUAUUUGUCUCGGGGAUGACUUGAAACUCUCUGUGUGUCAAGCAGACAGAAGGAACAGAACAGUUGGAAAAUUUGCCUAUUGGAGUUUCAGUCAGUGAAAUUCAGCGGACUCAUAACUCAAGGAUCGAGGAAGCAGAUCGAAAGCAACGCUCCCGGAAAACGAAGAGGAUUUAGUUUAAGGAAGUUUUUUUUUUGUUAAGUUUUAUAAUUUAUAGUGUUCACUUUUUUUGCGCCUGAAAGUUUUCAUUUAUAAAAGAUAAGUGAGUGUUCUCUCAGUAGAGAAGAGAAAGUCCGUGUGCAAAGUGGAUAUUUGUCCCGAGAGCCAGAAAACGACCAAAGAAUAGAUAGCAAGUGAUUAUUCGGAAAAGCCUGGAUAUUGCAAGCAGCUUCAAUCUGGAUUAAGGAGCAAGAAGAAGAAGAAGAAGAAGCCGCAAGGAUGCAACGACCUAAUCCUAAUCAGCAGCUGCAGCAAAUCCAGCAGCAGCAGCAGCAGCAACAAUCGUCGAUGGUUAUGCAACAGCAAACGUCCUCGUCGACGUCCUCGUCGGUUCAGCAGCAAUCCCAGCAAUUUAUGAGCCAGCAGGUUUCCCAGCGGCAGCAAUUUUCCUCGCAGCAGCAGAUGAUGAGCCGCACCGAGCAAUCGUCCUCGGUCAGCCGUCAAGUCACCCAACAAAGAGUGCAACAACAAGGCGCCUUCGUUCAGCAGGCGUCGACACCGGCCAUCACCUCGGCACCACAGACACCGGCGGCUCAGCUGUACCAGCAGCAGGCACCUAGCUAUCUGGUACAGUCGCCCGGUAUCCCGUCCGAUGCUUCGCCACCAGUGUUUGAGCAGAUCUUUAAAAACUCCCGCUUCGCACAGGGUGGCAAUGCACUGUUUGAGGGCAAACUCAAGGGUACCCCUAGGCCAGAGGUUUCCUGGACUCGAAAAGGCGCACCACUUUUCGAUUCCACGAAGCACACGCUUAGCUAUAACCCCACUACCGGUGUGGUGUCGCUGCUGAUCAAUCAAAUCGGGCCCGGCGAUGAGGGCGAAUACACUUGCAAAGCUAGGAAUGCCGUUGGCGAAGCCAUCUGCUCUGUGUUCAUCCAGCCAGAGGGCAUGCCUGCUCCACAGUUCCAACAAGUCAAACGGGAACAGCAACAGGUUAUUCAGCAGAAACAGGUCACCAGCCAGCAGCAGUACAGCAAUGGCUAUUCGCACGUCGAAGAGGAAUUCAAGGUCGAUACCUUCGAGUAUCGGCUACUGCGGGAAGUUUCCUUCCGCGAAUCGAUCACUCGUCGCUACGGCAACGAAUCCGAUGCUCAACUAAUCACUAUUGUAGAUCGCGCUCUCGGCCCACCAGCACCACCGCAAAUUAGUCAGAAACCGAGAAACUCAAAGCUAGUCGAAGGAUCCGACGCUGUCUUCAGCACCAGAGUUAGCGCCAAUCCAAGACCAAGACUGAGCUGGUUCAAAGAUGGUCAACGUAUUAUCCCGUCCCUCGACAAGCACGAAAUCAGCUACUCGAACCAGCAAGCUACACUACGCAUCACAAGUGUUAACUCUAAGGACUCCGGCCACUACACUUUGCUGGCCGAGAACCCACAAGGUUGCCAGGUGUCUUCCGCUAUUCUAGCUAUCGAACCAGCACAGGAACAAGUCACCGUAGCAACCAGCCAUGAAGUUAUCGAGUCGACGGAAGCUACCAAAGCUUUGGUACCGGCGUUCGUUACUCUGAUCCAAGAUCAGGAAACUACCGAAGGCAAGAUGGCUCGUUUCGAUUGCCGUGUCACUGGCCGUCCAUAUCCGGAAGUGGCAUGGUACAUCAACGGCAAACUUGUCACCGACGACGCCACGCACAAGAUUCUCGUCAACGAGGCCGGUAAUCAUUCGCUGAUGAUCACCAGCACCAAUCGUUACGAUCAUGGUAUCGUAACCUGCGUCGCCCGUAACAAGACCGGAGAGAUUGCUGCUCAAGCCAAACUAGUCGUUUGCGAACGCGAACAGGUCGUUGCACCGAAGUUCAUUGAACGUUUUACCACUGUCAACGUGAAGGAAGGUGAACCCGUCCGUCUAUUUGCACGUGCCAUCGGUACUCCGAUCCCACGCAUCACCUGGCAGAAGGAUGGCAUCCCUCUGCAGCAGGGACCGGACGUACAGAUCCUAUGGGACGACAAUGGUUCCACCACCGUUGACAUCCCACGAGCUAAGACGUCGGAUGCUGCUUGGUAUCAGUGUACCGCGCAGAACGUUGCCGGUACGACCGCUACCCGGGCUCGUCUCUUCGUCGAAACUCCGAAGGAACCAGCUCCGGAACAGCGCCGUCUUCAACUACCACGACCGACCAAAGUCAUUGAACCCGAACCUGCACCGGAACCCGAAGUCAUCUUCCUGCGCCAUGUCGAACGCGCUGCUCCGCAUAUGCCACCGAAGGAAGAAGACCGUAUCUAUCCGCCCCCGAAGUUCACCAUCCCGCUGAACGACGUUGCUCAGGUUGAGGGUGGUAAGGUUCACUUCGAGGGUCGCAUCGAGCCCGUCUCCGAUCCGACGAUGCGCGUCCAGUGGUUCCUGAAUGGAAACUUGAUUCAAGCAAGUUCCCGUACCAACACGACGUUCCAGUUCGGUUUCGUCGCACUGGACCUGCUGACCAUCGUCAUGGAGGAUAGCGGCGAGUACACGUGCCGCGUGUCCAGCUCUACGGGUGUCGCCGAGUCGCGCGCCAUGUUGAGCGUCCAGCCGAAGCCUCCGAUCGAACAGCAGUCACAGCACUCGGCUGCCCUGCAGCAGAUUCAGAACCUCGAGGACUAUGCCAAGUACGUUCGCACUGAGAGUAUUGAGGAGGUGGUCAAUCAGAAGCCAGCUUUCACUCGCCCAUUGCAAGACUUGGGCCAGCUGGAAGAGGGAAGAAAUGCUCAUUUUGAGGCUCAGAUUACCCCGGUGAGCGAUCCAACAAUGAGAGUAGAGUGGUACAAGGACGGCCGUCCGAUUACGGCUAGCUCGAGGAUCACCGCCAUCUUCAACUUCGGCUACGUCUCCCUGAAUAUUAUGCACCUACGAGCUGAAGAUGCCGGUACCUAUACCGUGCGUGCCGUCAAUCGCAUCGGCGAAGCCAUCAGUACUUCUCAGAUUGCGAUCGUCAGCAAGGCAGCCGUCACUGGAGACUUGGGCAUCGCUGAGCAGCAAAACUACAUUCAGCAGGUUGAACAGCUGGAACAGUACCAAAAGUAUCAGAACACGAAGUACUACGAGGAAACUCCUGAAAGCACUCAACGCCCGGAGUUCAAGACUCCCAUUAGCGAUCAGUUGAAUAUCCGCGAGGGAGGCUUUGCCCACUUCGAAGGUCGCCUGGAACCCGUCAGUGAUUCUACGCUUCGCGUCGAAUGGUUGAAGGAUGGUCAGCCGAUUGAGGCCAGUUCUCGUAUUACAACUUUCUGCAACUUUGGAUAUGUUGCUCUGACCAUCAAACAGGUUACGGUUCAUGAUGUCGGUCACUACACUUGCCGUGCAUACAAUUCCCUAGGAGAAGCUCACAUCACCGGUAAGCUGACCGUGGUGUCUCGUCAGGACAUCAUCGUCGACUCCCAGACCAGCCAUAUGGGUAUGGAGAAGAUUCAAUAUCUGGAAGAUUCGUCCAGAUACAGUCGCACCACCCAGGAAGAGCAGCAAGUCAUUCAGCCUGCUCCACGUUUUCUGGGACCGCUGAAGGCUACCAACAAGAUCGUUGAAGGACAGCGUGCUCACUUUGAAGCCCGCCUGGAACCACAGUCCGAUUUAACGAUGCGUGUCGAAUGGUACCAAAACGGACGCCCGGUGAUGACUGCCAACCGCAUCCAGACAUAUCAUGACUUCGGCUACGUAGCCAUGGACAUUCUGGAUGUUCGCGGUGAAGAUUCGGGAACCUACACACUGGUGGCUACCAACGCCUCCGGACAGGCCCAGCUGGACACCCAGAUGAUCGUUGAAACUCGUUCAGCCAUUGAUACAACUAGCAUGCAUCACGUUGUUGAACGUACCCAGCAGAAGCAGGAAAGUCAGUUCAUCGAACCGUCGUAUCAAAUCGAAGAACUGUGCAAGUCCAAGCCGAUCUUCACUCAGCCACUGUCGGAUCCACAGCCCGUCGGAGAAGGCCGCAACAUUCAUUUGGAGUGCAAGCUGGAUCCUUUGGGUGAUCCUACGAUGCGCGUAGAGUGGUUCCAAAAUGGCCGCCCAAUCACUAUUGGAUCGCGUUUCAAGACCUACUAUGACUUCGGUUUCGUUGCCUUGGAUAUUCUCCACUGCACUGCGAUCGAUUCUGGAGAGUACACCGUCCGUGCUACCAACCAGCUGGGAUCUUCGCACACUUCGGCUUGCGUUCGGGUUAUCACCCGUUCGGACAUUAUCACCGAGUCGCAGAGUGAGAUGACACACGAACAGCUACAGUAUCUGGAUGAUUCAUCACGCAUGCGGCGUGACGUCCUGGAAGACAUCACCGUCAUGUCGGCACCGCAGUUCGUUCGUCCACUGCACAACAUCGAAACGUGCGAAGGAACCAACAUUCACUUGGAGUGCCGUCUGCAACCAGUCGGUGAUCCAUCGAUGCGCGUUGAUUGGUUCGUCAACGGACAACCCGUCAAGAUCGGUCAUCGUUUCCGUCCAGCUUACGAAUUUGAUUACGUUGCUCUGGAUCUGCUCGGUUGCUACCCUGUCGAUUCCGGAGUAUACACUUGCCAGGCUCGCAACUCUUUGGGAGAAGCUGUCACUUCUUGCUCGGUCCGUAUCGUUGCCAAGAAAGAUCUAAUCAUGGAGACCCAAUACCCAGCUGGCCUUGAAAAGAUGCAGUUCAUGGAGGACAUUUCCCGCUAUCGCAAGACUGAGUUUGUCGAUGAGAUUGUCAACGUUAAGCCACGAUUUGUCACCCGUCCGAAGAAUAUCGACCGUGCUCAGGAGGGAGGUCAUGCCCACUUUGAAUGCAAGCUGGAGCCGGUUACCGAUACAAACCUGAAGGUUGAAUGGUACAAAAACGGUCAUCCAAUCACCAUUGGACACCGUUUCCGUCCGAUCCAUGACUUUGGUUACGUCGCUCUGGAUAUUAUCGAUCUGAUCGCUGAGGAUAGCGGAACUUAUAUGUGCCGUGCCGUAAAUUUGGUCGGUGUUGAUGAGAUCGCCGUCCAACUGUCUUGCCGUGGUUCGCAACAGAUUUUAACUACCACCCAGAAUGAGUUGGGUCUUGAGCAGAUCCAGUAUCUUGAAGAGAAAUCUAAGCACCACCGUGCUGACCACAGUGACGAUAUGCCUUCGCAGGCUCCGACCUUCACCACUUCGUUGAAGCACAUCGAAAUCAAGGAAGGCCAGCGUGCUCAUUUCGAGUGCCGACUGAUUCCGGUGUCCGAUGCGACCCUUCGCGUCGAAUGGUAUCACAAUGAGUCUCUGGUCAAGUCCGGAUCUCGUUUCACCGAAACGAACAACUUUGGUUUCGUAGCCCUGGACAUUAUGGGAUGCUUGGCAGAAGAUUCUGGAACCUACACUUGCCGUGCUGUUAAUGCUCUGGGUGAAGCUGUAACUUCAGCUACUUGCAUUGUCCACACUCGCAAGAGCAUCUACUCCGAAUCGCAGCACGAACAUGCUUUGAGCAGUUUGCGCUACCUGGAGGACAUGUCUCGCUAUCAACGCGAGACUGAAGUCGACGAAGUUGUCACCCAAGCUCCGGUAUUCACUCUUCCUGUGAAGGAUGUAAAGGUUGCCGAAAACCAGGCCGUUCACUUCGAGGCCCGUUUGGUUCCGGUAGGUGAUCCGAAGAUGCGCGUUGAGUGGUUGAGAAAUGGUGUCCCAAUCGAGGCAUCCAACCGCAUCACCACCAUGCACGACUUCGGAUACGUUGCUCUGAACAUGAAGUAUGUCAACCCAGAAGAUUCCGGAACCUACACUUGCCGUGCUACCAACGAUCUGGGACAAGCCGUUACCUCGGCCAAACUGAUGGUCCAAUCCAAGGCAGCACUUGAUCUGGAAACCCAAAACGAGAAUGCCCUGGAGAAGAUUCACCAACUGGAGGAUGCCGUUCGGUACUCUCGCAAAGAAGAAGAAGAGUACGUCGUCACUCAGAAGCCUAGGUUCAGCACGAAACUGCACGGCCCAACGAACUUGGUGGAACAGCAAAGUGCUCACUACGAAUGCCGCAUUGAACCAUAUCCAGAUCCAAACCUGAAGGUUGAAUGGUUCCACAACGGACAGCCACUUACCACGGGUCAUCGUUUCAGAACUACGUACGAUUUUGGAUUUGCCGCACUGGAUGUCCUCACCGUCUACGCCGAGGACUCCGGAGAGUACACUUGCCGUGCUACCAAUCACCUUGGAUCGGAAACCUCGUCAAUGAUUCUAACUGUUACUUCCAAAUCUGGAAUCGUUCGCGAUACCCAGCACGAAGGCGCACUGGAGAAGAUUCAGUACCUGGAAUGUGACGCACGCUAUGGCCGCAAGUCCGAAGAGGAACACUUUGUUGCCGAGAAGCCACAGUUCGGCCGUCCACUGAAGAAUGCUAGCGUUUCCGAAGGUCUUCCAGUUCAUCUGGAAGCUACUCUCACGCCGGUUAACGAUCCAACCAUGAAGGUCGAAUGGUACUGCAAUGGUCGCCCGAUUCAACAGGGUCAUCGCUUCAAGACCACCUACGACUUUGGUUUCGUCGCUCUCGAUAUUCUGUACGCACACGCUGAGGACACUGGUACCUACAUGUGUAAGGCGAAGAAUGCCGUUGGGGAGGCUGUUACGACAAGCGCUGUUAAAGUCACAGCAAAUGCUGGAUUAUAUUUGGAGACUUUGGAUGAACAGCGUCUGCAGAAGAUUAAGGAACUGGAGAGCUAUCAGAAACCAAAGACGCCGGAGGUUGAACCAGCGAAGCAGAAGCCUGUAUUCCUGACCCCGUUGACGAACUUGGAAAACUUGAAGGAAGGCGACUACGCUCAUCUGGAAUGCCGCGUUGAACCGAUCAACGAUCCGAAUCUCAAAAUCGAAUGGUUCAUCAAUGGCAAGGCAAUCCGAGCGGGUCAUCGUUUCCGUACGACUCAUGACUUUGGAUACGUCGCACUGGAUAUCCUGUACGUCUACGGAGAGGAUAGCGGUACCUACAUGUGCAAGGCAACCAAUCUUGUUGGCGAAGCCGUCAGCACUUGCAACAUUCGUGUCGUCAACAAGCGUAGCAUUAUCUUCGACUCUCAGCAUCCAGAUGGUUUGGAGAAGAUUCAGAAAUUGGAAGCCCAGUCCCGUCCAUCGCGUCUGGAGCUUGAAGAACCUGAUGUCACCACUCCACGAUUCGUUACCGAGCUGCGAGGAACCACCGAAAUCCACGAAGGACAGACCGCUCACUUUGAAGCCCAGGUCGAACCGAUUCACGAUCCUAAUCUUCGUAUCGAGUUCUACCACAACGGAAAGCCACUGCAGUCUGCUGCACGGUUCCACAUUACUUUCGAUUUCGGUUAUGUUGCUCUGGAUAUUCAGCACGUUGUCGCUGAGGAUGCUGGAGAGUACUCGGUCAAAGCCAUCAAUGCCAAGGGUCACGGAACGUCAACGAUCAACAUGCGAGUUACUGCCAAGGGCUCGAUCAUCUCGGACACUCAGCAUCCAGAAGGUUUGGAUAAGAUCAAGCAGCUUGAAGGAGUCGCUCCAUUCAAGCGCCCGGAGAUUCAGGAUGCCGUCACCAAGCAGCGUCCGGUGUUCACGCAGCCUCUGCAGAACAUUGACUUCGUUGCUGAAGGACAGACCGCUCACUUCGAGUGUCGCUUGAUUCCGGUUGGCGAUCCAAAUCUGAAGGUCGAAUGGUACAGGAACGAGAAGCCGUUGGAAGAUAGCUCUCGUAUUACCAAGCAACAUGACUUCGGAUUCGUUUCGAUGGAUCUAACCCAUGUACGCGAAGAAGAUGAAGGCGUCUACAUGUGCCGUGCAAUCAAUCCACUUGGUGAGGCCGUCACUACCGCUUCGAUGAGAAUCCGUACCAAGGCUAGCAUCCAGAUAGACUCACAGCAUCCAGAAGGUAUGAAGAAGAUCAUCCAGUUAGAGCAGCCACACGCUCCUCGUUCCGAGGAACAGGAAGCUGGAUUCGAAAAACCAAUCUUCACACAGCUGCUGACUGGUCCGUCAGAAUUGUGGGAAGGUCAGCACGCUCAUUUCGAAGCUCGUGUUGUCCCGGUUGGCGAUGCUAGCAUGAAGUAUGAGUGGUACGUAAACGGAGUUGAACUGAAGCUGGGAUCGCGAUUCCGUACUUCCAACGAUUUUGGAUUCGUUACCUUGGAUAUUAACUCGGUUGUGACCGAAGAUUCUGGUGUCUACAUGUGCAAGGCAAUCAACAAGGCUGGUGAAGCCGUAUCGUCGACCACGAUGAAGAUCAAGUCCAAGUCGUCGAUAGCUGGGGAACCUCUGCUUCCGGAAGCCUGGGAGAAGAUUCAGCUCAAGGAAGCUGCUAUGAACCGUGUCCCAGACAUGUUUGUCGAUACUACUCCACAGCAAGCUCCAGUGUUUACCACUCACUUGGAAAGUCACGAUAAACUCCAAGAAGGCCAGCACGUCUACUUGGAAGCUCAGGUCGAACCACGCGCUGAUCCAAAUCUCAGAAUCGAAUGGUUCAAGAAUGGCAUGGCUAUCACAACCGGCGCUAGAAUUCGCAGUACCUUCGAUUUCGGUCUGGUUACUGUAUCGAUCAACGGACUCCGUGCUGAUGAUUCCGCUAUCUACACUUGCAAGGCUACCAAUCACCAUGGUGAAGCUGUUUCGACUGCUACUUUGAAGAUCGAAGGCAGCCACUGGCUGUUGGGAGAUACAAUGCACCCAGCUUCCGUACAGAAGAUAACCGAUCUGGAAGCUCCACGUGCAGCAUACAAGGGUACUCCCGAACCACAGUUCGAAUCACCAGUAUUUGUCACUCAUCUGAACAAUGUCGAAUGCAAGGAAAGCGAAAACGUCCACUUCGAAUGCAACGUGGAGCCAUCGAAGGACCCGACCAUGCAGAUCGAAUGGUUUGUCAAUGGCAAACCACUGCCAACUGGUUCCCGUUUCAAGACUACCUACGAUUUUGGAUUCGUUUCGCUGGAUAUCACCGGAGCUUAUGCCGAAGAUUCUGGAAUCUACACUUGCAAGGCAACCAACAGCAAGGGAUCUGCAUCGACUUCUGGAUCGUUGAGAUGCACUAGCACUACCACCAUGUACUUGGAUACUCAACAUCCACAGGGCAAGGCUGGAUUGGAAGCCGUUCAGGAUACGGAAGCUGCUCUGGCUAACCGCUACAAGCGCCAGGAAUCGAAGCCAGAAGGCGCCUAUCCGGCACCGAAAUGGACCGUUGAGCUGCAGUCCGAGUUCCGUCUCAACGAGACUGAAUCCCUGCAUCUGGAAGGACAGGUUGAGCCAAAGGAUGAUCCUAACCUCAAGAUCGAAUGGUACUUCAAUGGUAAGGUCCUGGAGCAUGGAUCACGCUUCAAGAUGACCAAUGACUUUGGAUUUGUUACGCUGGAUCUGACGGAGGUUUACGAACGCGAUCAGGGUAUCUACACUUGCAAGGCAUACAACUAUUCAGGAGAAGCCUUCACAUCGUCCACCGUUUACUGCGUCACUAAGGAGAGCUUGAUCGAACGUACCCAGCACCCGAAGGGUACCGAGGGCUUGGAGAAGAUCCAGGAUCUGGAAGAAUCUUUACGUAGACAGGAAGGUGGACAGGCCGACGCAGAGGGUGGACAUGCUCCACGUUUCACAUCAGAAUUUGUUGCCGUUACCAAUAUCGGUGAAGGAGAGAUUGCCCACUUCGAUGCUACGUUGAUUCCAACUGGCGAUCAAACCAUGGUUAUCGAAUGGUUCUACAAUGCUAAGACCCUGGAGGCUAGCCACCGUGUUCGCACUGUGUAUGCCUUUGGAAUGGUUGUGCUUGAAAUUUUGGGAACUAAGAUUGAAGAUUCCGGAUCAUACAGUUGCAGAGCUACCAACAAGUGGGGAACCGCUGAAAUCAGUGUCGAACUUGAGUGUGUUGAUAAGUCCGCUGGACAGAAGCCACGCUUUACUACUCAGAUCAAGAACUUGGAGGGCCUGAAGGAUGGACAGUCUGCUCACUUCGAAUGCACACUGGUCCCGGUCAACGACCCAGAUCUGAAGGUCGAAUGGUUCCACAAUGGCGCGCCACUGCGUCACUCGAACCGCAUCAAACCGGUGUCCGAUUUUGGAUACGUCUUGUUGGAUAUUGCCUACGUCCAGAGUCACGAUUCUGGUGAAUACAUGUGCCGUGCAUCGAACAAGUAUGGCGAAGACACGACACGUGCUACGCUGAAGUGCUUCGGAAAGGGAGGAGUCUACUUGGAGUCGCUGCAACCCGAUUCGUUGGCUAGAAUCCGAGAACUUGAAAGCCAAGCGGGUAUGAAGCCAACCGCUGCCGGAUCACCAGUUGGAGAGGCACCACGAUUCGUUACCAAGAUUGCCGACAUUACCAAGCUGGUUGAAGGACAGAGUGCUCACUUCGAAGCUAGACUUACUCCUAUCACCGAUCCGGAUCUCGUUGUCGAGUGGUACUGGAAUGGACAGAAACUACCACAUGGACAUCGCUACCGCACGUUCCACGAUUUCGGUAUUGUCAUCCUGGAUAUUCUAUAUUGCUACGAAGAGAACUCCGGAGAGUUUGAGUGCCGUGCUACCAACAAGUAUGGAUCGGACAGCACCAAGGCAACGCUGAAGUGCGUCUCGAAGGCAAACCUCAUUCUGGACUCACAGCUGCCACGUGGAAUGGAAGGUGGACUGGAGAAGAUUCAGACUUUGGAAGAUUCCCUGGUUCGCACCCGCGAUGAACGUGAACGUGUCGAAGGUGGACGUGCUCCGAUGUUCACCGUGCCACUGUCGAACAUCGAUAGCUUGCGUGAAGGUGAGAGCGCUCACUUUGAGGGCAAGCUUACUCCAACCAACGAUCCGAAACUCAAGGUUGAAUGGUUCUGGAACGGUAAGCCACUCAAGACCGGAUCACGUUUCCGUACGUUCUGUGACUUUGGAUUCGUCAUUUUGGAAAUUUCACCGGUUUAUCCAGAAGAUUCUGGAGAGUACUCGUGCCGUGCUACCAAUGACUAUGGAGAAGCUGUUACCUCGUCUACGAUGAAGGUCCAAGGCAAGCGUAGCAUCAUUCUGGAAUCGCAACUGCCGAAGGGAAUGGAAGGAACCAUCGAGCGCAUUGCUGAGCUCGAGGGACUUGGAAUUCCACACGGAGGACUUAGCCCAGACGAUGAUACCGGCAAGCCACCAGAGUUCAUUACAACGCCUUCUGAUCAGACCCUGACCGAGAAUUCGUUGGCUCACUUCGAGUGCCGUUUGACUCCGAUCAACGACCCAAGCAUGCGUGUCGAGUGGUACCACAACGGUAAGGCCUUGUGGGCUGGAUCCCGCAUCAAGACUAUCAACGACUUUGGUUUUGUCAUUUUGGAGAUUGCUGGAUGCUACCAGCGUGAUUCGGGAUUGUACACCUGCAAGGCUUCCAACAGCCAUGGUGAAGCUACCGUAUCGUGCAAACUGACUGUCCGUGGUCGCCAGGGCAUCAUUAUGGAGCCACAGUUACCGUCGAACUUCCGCACCGGAACGGAGAGCAUUCAGAAGCUUGAAGAACAGCUGCACAAGCGCGAGGAAAUGAUGGCCGAAGAGGACGAAGCAAGGCCACCAAAGUUCAUCGUUGACAUUAAGGAUAACGUUGAUAUAGCAGAAGGUGGACCAGUGCACUUCGACUGUCGUGUUGAACCGGUUGGAGACUCAUCGAUGAGAAUCGAUUGGUUCCACAAUGGAAGGCCAUUUGCUACCGGAUCGCGUGUGCACAUGUUGAAUGACUUCGGUUUCAUUGCCAUGGAUAUGGACUACGUCUACGUGAGAGAUUCAGGAGUGUACGAAUGUCGUGCCACAAACAGGUGGGGAACUGCGUCGACUACUGCCAAGAUUACUGUAGUGUCACGUGGUGGAAUCAUCUUGGAUUCGCAACUGCCUGAAGGUAUGACUGCAUCCAAGUUGAAGGAACUGGAACGCGGAAAGGUUACCCUGGCUACCCAGGAGGAACGUACUUUCGGACCACCGAAGUUUGUUUCGCAGAUUCAGUCUACGACGAUCGAUGAGGGAGAGACGGUACGGUUCGAAUGCCGUGUUGAACCGAAAGAAGAUCCUAACUUGCGAGUGGAAUGGGUCCGCAAUGGAAAACCACUGCCUAGCGGUCAUCGGUACAGAACUAUCUACGAUAUGGGCUUCGUAUCGCUGGACAUCCUGUCAGUGUAUGUCGAGGAUGCCGGAGAUUACGUGUGCCGUGCGGUGAACCAUCACGGUGAAGACGUUACCAAAGCCCACGUAAGCUGCAAGAAGCUACCGUCGAUUGUUCUACAGAACCAGAUUCCGAAGGGCAUGCAAAGGUCGGAAACGUUGAUGCAGAUGGAAGCCACGAUCAAGAAGUACACCGAAGAGAUCUUCCUUACCGAGGAUGAUCUGUUCGACGCGGAUCGCAAGCAACCACCGCGCUUCGUGACACAGAUCAAGGAUCAGGCUAGCCUGACGGAGAUGCAGGCCACCAAGUUCGAAUGCCAGCUGGCCCCGGUCGGUGAUCCGAAUAUGAAGGUCGAGUGGUUCUACAAUGGCAAACCGUUGCCAUACAAGAACCGCUUCACGCCGAUCUACGACUUUGGCUACGUGGCGAUGAACUUCGCCUGGAUCUAUCCGGAGGACAGCGGUGAGUAUCUGUGCCGUGCCACCAAUCUGUACGGUAUGGACGAAACCAAAGCCAUCAUCAAGACAACGGGCAAACCGGGCAUCAUCUACGAUUCGCAGCUGCCAAAGGGCAUGAAGAGUAUCCAGAAGAUUCGCGAAAUGGAAGCACUGUGGAACUUGAAUAUUCCAGAGGUCAUCGACGAGACGCAGAAACCGAAGAAGGAACCAGCGUUCGUAAGCAAGCCGGAGUCUAUGGAAGUCGAGGAAGGUGAAUGGGCACGCUUCUGCUGCCGUGUCACCGGUCAUCCGAAGCCGAGAGUUAUGUGGCUCAUCAAUGGACACACUGUUGUCAAUGGUCAACGCUACAAGCUCAUAAACGACGGUAUGUACCACUUCGACAUCCCGAAGACUCGCCAGUACGAUACCGGCAAGAUCGAAGUCAUCGCUCGCAGCUCCGUCGGUGAGGCUGUUGCCAGGUGUGAGCUGAAGAUCACUCCACGCAAGGACGACUACCGUGGAGUGUUGAAGAACUCUCCAAGACCAUGGUACGAUUACGAUCUGGUCUCCUACCAGAAGAAUCGUCUCGAUACCGACCUGGAAGUGACGCUGCAGGAGGAAACCAAGAAAAAGAAGAAGGGUCUCAAGGCUCAACAUCUGAAGCCGAAGGAGAAGAAGGGAAGCGAGACCGAAUGGCAAAAGACUGUCAAGAAGAAGAAGAAUGAAGAGUACUAUAAUAAGCUGGCCCUGGUCGAAAACGAACAGUUGGUCAAGGAGCAAAGACUCCGCGAAGACAAGCACCAGUUCGCUAUUCCUGGUGAAAAGGUGGUCGGACAGUCAAUUGCCAAAGGAAUGGCAUCUGCCUAUGAGGAAACUAUAGACGAAACCAAGGAAACCGAAUCCCAGGACACGACCUCUGUCCAACGCAUGAAGAUCAUCCCAGAACCACUGGAAACCUCCGUCCAGGGCAAGGAAGUUCACAUAUCGCAACAGAAACAGACCCAGAAGGAGGUCUACGAUGACAAAGAGAUCAUCCGCAAGAUCACGGCCACGGAAACGACCGAAAUGGAACACAAGGGUACGACCCAGGAGCGUAUUGUGGAGGGUCCGGUCAAACCGGCCACUCCUCCGGUGUUCACCAAGAAGAUCCAACCGUGCCGUGUGUUCGAAAAUGAACAAGCCCGCUUCGAGGUUGAAUUCGACGGAGAUCCAAUGCCGACAAUCAAGUGGUUCCGUGAGAACUUCCAGAUUAACAACUCAUCGGACUUCCAAAUCCACACGUUUGGCACCAAGUCCGUGUUGAUCAUCCGCCAGGUAUUCAUGGAAGAUUCAGCUGUAUUCGCCGUGAUUGCAGAGAACCGUGGUGGAACCGCCAAGUGCAGUGCUAACCUAGUCGUUGAACAGCGUCGGCAGCAAGGUCGUGGAGGCGUUACUCCACCCAGCUUCGUCAACACUAUCUCCGACACUAGUGUUACCGCCGGUCAGCUUGCCCGCUUCGAUGCUAAGAUUUCCGGAACCAAACCACUGGAUGUGUACUGGUUGAAGAACGGUCAGAAGAUUUCGCCAAACAUCAAGUACAAGGUUCUGGAAGAGGACAACACCUACACGUUGUUGAUCAUCGAAGCGUACGCUGAAGAUGCCGGGAAGUACGAAUGCGUUGCCAUCAACAGUGCCGGAGAGGCCCGUUGCGAUGCCAGUUGCAAUGUGGAAACUCCACACACUCCGAUCAUCGAAAAACCAGCUACCCCGGGCACCGAACGUCCUCCGACUCUGGUUGAACCCCUGAAGGAGAAAUCCGUCCCGGAGGGACAGUCGGUUGAGUUCCGUACUCGCGUAACCGGCAAGCCAAGCCCCACCGCCCAGUGGUACAAGGGCGACAAGCAAAUCAAACCGUCCAAGUACUUCCAGAUGACCAAGGACCGGGACUACUUCACCCUGAUCAUCACCGAAGCCUUCCCGGAGGACGAGGGCGAAUAUCUGUGCAUAGUGUCGAAUCCGGGCGGUGAGGUGCACACGACGGCCAGCUUGAAGGUCGUCACACCCGGCAUGCAGGACGUCGCGCCGAAGCUGACCGAAAUGAAGGACUGCAUCGUGGACGAAGGCGCCCCAGCGCAGUUCAAAACGCAGAUCGUCGGCAAGCCGACCAAGAUGACGGUGCAGUGGCUGCGCGAGGGUCUGCUGAUACCGGAGUCGCCCGAUUUUCAGAUGAUCACCGAGGGCACCAACGCCGUGCUGCUGAUCGGAACGACGUACGAGGAGGACUCGGGCCUGUUCACCUGCCGGGUAACGACCUCGGCCGGCCAGGUCGAAACGUCCGCCAAACUGAUAGUCAAAACGCAACAUGUCCGCGUACGUUCUCCCGGUAUCUUCAAGAGUUGCGUUCAGUCUUUGUCUGUGUUGCGCUGCUGCUAUUCUCCCAUGGCACCACAGCCACCGGCCAAGAAGUUCCAUAAGGCCAAAUCGGCACCGAAACACAAAACGGUGGCUAGAGAAACGCAAAAGCUGCUCACGGCCAUGAAAAUCCGCCGGCCGGUCAAGACUUUUUACCAGGGCGUCCCAGUGCAGCAGCUGCAGUGGUGGCAGCUGCAGCAACAGCAGUUGCAUGAACAGCAUCAGCUGAUGCUGCUGCAAGAAUUGUCACUAGACGAAGAAGAUUAUGAGGAAGAUGAUGAAGAAGAAGAACUAACACAAUCAGGACGCCGAAAGCAGCUGAAGACGCACGCAACGGACGGAACGCUGGUCCAACAGGACGUGACUCAGCAAUUCCAACAACUCACCCAACAACAACAACAACAACAGCAAGCUCAAUUCUAUCAAAAUGGUCAAUACGACAGCGGAAGCCAGGAGGAAUACGAUACCGAAUUCGUCCCACAGGGCGACGAAAGUCUACCCUGGAGACAUUCCCGUAGCCAAACGCGAGCACCUGCUGCACCCUGGCGUCGCGUAUCGCAAGAUCGACGAACCUCACAGGAUCGUCGAACGUCCCGCGAUCGGUCACUGUCCAUUGAUAAACGCGAGGAGGUUAAACCCUGGACCGAACAGGUAGUCAAACUCAAAAAGACCACCAAGGAAGUCAAAAAGGUGGAGAAGGAAAAACUGGAAACUGUACAGCUAAAGCCAGCGCAGAUCCAGAAACAAAAACUACAAAAGGAACAACUGGAAACGGUGGAGCUGCGUUCACGGAAGAAGGAACAGCAGACUGCGGAGAUCACCGAGCAGAAAAUGGAAGAGAUGGUGGAAGCAAUCAUCAAAGAGGACGAAACCGUUGACUACGGUGUCGAGAAGCUACGACAUGACGAAGACAUCUCCAUUCUGGAGAUCACCAAACAGGUAGAUGAACUGAUACGCAAGGAAACGGAGAAAGCUGUUCCUUGGAAACGCGGCAAGAAGACCGAGAAACAGCAGCUUGGCAAGCAGCAAUUCGUAGAAACUGAAGAAACCACACUACUUAAGCUAGAUCGAACGACCGAAGAUGAAGCGAUCGAGAAACAAAAGCUAGAACUAUCCGUCGAUCAACAGGAGGGGGUAGCCUGGAGACGAGGCAAAAAAGCAGAACCAUUCUUGCAAACUGAGGAUUCAGCUCGACUGCAGCUCGAACAAACCGAGGAGCUACAGGAACAACCCAAACCGCAAGACCAAGCCGUACCAUGGAAACGUGGUCCCAAGAAAUCUCAAAAGCAAGAUGUAGUUGAUACCGAGGACUCGGCUCGCUUGAAGGUGGCUGAAACGGAAGAACAAGAAGUGAUUCAAGUACCAGAAGAGCAACCGGUCGCUUGGAAACGGGGACUAAAGAAACCUCAAGAAGUCCAAGCUGAAGAACAGACACCAGAAGAGCCGAAAGCAGAGGAACCUCAACAACCGCCUUGGAUGCGUGGAAGAAAGCCUGGACCAAAACGAGAAAUUCCCAAACCACCAGAACCAGAGAAGGUUGAGCAGAUAGCUCUCAAGCCAACCCCUAGACAGAAGAAGGAGAUUCCGAAGGAAUCCCUUGAAGAAGUCGCGCUGAAACCAGUCCCCAAAAAACCAAUUGUUGAAGAAGUGAAACCCGAAGAAUUGGAAACCGCUGAAAUCAAACCCACAAAACCGGAGAAGCUUAAGGAGCUAACUCCACGGGAAGAGCUGGAACAAUUGGAACAAAUCGAGUUUGAAGAAAAACCCAAAGUAGUCGAGCCAAAACAGGAAGAACCCGCAAAGGCACCUGAAGAAAUACCAAAGGAAGCUCAGCCCGAACCCGAGCAACAAUCAUGGCGUCGUGCCCGUAAGGAGAAACCAAAGGAAGAAGUCCCAGAGGAAAAACAAUGGCCUACGGGCAAAAGACGACCACUACCCACGGAGCCUACGGAAGAGGUAGUCCUUAAACCCAUUCCGAAACCACAAAAGGAAGCGGAACCGCUUCCCGAAAAAGAUCUAUCCAUCAAACCGAAACCGAUCCCGGAAAUUCGCGAAAAACGGGAAAAGGAAGCAGACAUUACCCUAAAACCAGUUCCAGAGCAACCCAUCCAAGUAGUACAAGAGGAAGCGCCCAUAGCGCAGCCGGUUGGGGAAGAUGAAUCGCACCUGCCUCCCUGGAGACGUGGCAAAAAGGACGUUCCGAAACGAGAAAUCCCAAAACCGCCGGAGCCAGAGGUGAUCGAAAAGGUCACUUUAAAGCCAACCCAGCGUCAGAAAAAGGAAAUUCCCAAGGAAUCUCUAGAGGAAGUUUCCCUGAAACCCGUUCCCAAGAAGGCAGAGGAGAAGGAACUCGUUCUUGAAGAGGAGCAGACGGAGAAACUUAAGCGAACUAUUGUGAAGAAACCUCGGGAGCUCAGUCCCAAAGAAGAACUCGAGCAGAUGGAACCGCUCCGAGUAGAACCCAUUGAACACCCGGAGAUUCAAGAACCGGUACAACCAAUUGCUCCAAUUGAAGAAAGCCCUGCUGAACCAACGGUUGAAGUCGAACAGCCAUCCUGGAGACGCAGCAAGAAACCCAAACCGGUUGAAGAAGAACCCGAGGAAAAGAAAUGGCCUACUGGCAAGCGAAGACCGCUGCCAGAAGAACCCAAGGAAGAAGUCACUUUGAAACCAAUUCCAAAGCAGGAAAAACCAGAAGAACCUAAGCCUGCAAAAGAACCUACGAUAAAACCAACACCUCUUCCGGAAAUUCCGGACGAGCCACGAGAGGAAGAAGUUACCAUCAAACCUUCAGUGGAUGACGAGUCUCAUUUGCCACCCUGGCGACGUGGCAAGAAACCUGCACCCAAACGGGAAAUUCCAAAACCUGCCGAACCAGAAGUGAUGGAACAGAUCAAGCUGAAACCAACUCCGAAGGUGAAGAAGGAACUUCCUAAAGAAGCACUCGAAGAAGUCUCAUUGAAGCCCGUUCCAAGGCAACCGGAAGUGGUGGAGGUUGUAGCACUCGAGCCCGAGAUCUCCGAAAUCAAGGAAGUUAAAAUCGUUAUGCCAAAGGAGCCGAAACCAAAACGAGAGAUUGAACCAUUGGAAAAACCAGUAUUCCCGGAGAUUCCAGAGCCGGAGCCAGUGCAGCUUGAGGAGGUAGAAAAGGUACCGGAGGAGGUAGUUGUACCAGAGAAGCCAGAUCUUGAGCAACCGUCAUGGCGAAGAACUAAGAAACCAAAGCCAGAGGAAAAAGAACCCGAAGAGAAGAAAUGGCCUACCGGAAAGCGUCGUCCAUUGCCCGAGGAACCAAAAGAGGAAGUUAUCUUGAAACCAAUUCCAAAGCCACAAAAAGAAGAAGAACCUACACCAGUCGAGGAACCUAAGAUCAAACCUAAACCUAUUGCCGCUCCAGAAGAGGAAAAGCCCGAGACAACACCUUGGCGACGAGGCAAGAAGGAGAAACCUGCCGAAGAACCGGAGGAAACCAAAGAAUGGCCAAAGGGCAAACGACGACCACUAGAAGAAGCACCAAAAGAAGAGGUUAUUCUUAAACCGAUCCCCAAGCCAAAGAAAGAGGAAGAACCGCAACCUCCUGAACAAGUAACAUUGAAACCGGUUCCCAAAUGGGAAGCUCCUGAAGAGCUGGAAGCACCGGUUCAGCAAACUCCUGCGGUAGAAGACCUGCCUAAACCAGCUGAAAAGAAAGAAGAACCUACUUCUUGGCGUCGUGGCAAAAAGGAAAAACCCGCAGAAGAACCUGAAGAGCCAAAGGAAUGGCCUAAGGGCAAACGACACCCUCUGGAGGAACAACCGAAGGAAGAGGUGAUAUUAAAACCGAUUCCCAAGCCUACGAAAGAAGAAGAACCCAAAGAACCGAAACAGGUUGAACUCAAACCGGCCGAGAAACCAGAACCGACGCCAUGGAAACGUGGUAAACCGAAGGAGAAACCCAAAGAACCGGAGCCGAUGGAAGAAGUGAAGCUUAAGCCGAUUCCAAAACGGAUAGAAGCAGAGGAAGUCGCCAAAGAGGAAGUGGUUCUGAAACCGGUGCCCAAGCAGGAAGCAAUAAUAGAGGACGUGCAGAAGCCGAUUGAACUGAAACCGGUUGAGGAGCCGAAGAAGGAAGUAACGGAGGUGCGGGUGGAAGUCGAGGAACAGAUUGUGACAAAGACGAAGCGACGGGUGAAGAAACCGAAGAAACCUCAAGAGCAAUAUGCCACAGAAAAUGUGGCGCCCAUGGAGGAGGCCGAAUCGUUUGACGAAAACGAGGAACUGCCCCAUGUGGCCGAAACAAUCGCGGAUGUGAUUCCGGAGGAAGUACUGGAGUUGAUUCCUGAGGAGAUUGCGCUGGAGAAACCGAAAAAGAGGAAGUCGAGGGCUAACAAGCACGUGGUGUUCAAAGAGGAACUGAGUACCUAUGAAAUUCAACCGGAGGUGGUUCAGGAAGAUGAAGAGGAAGAGGAAGAAGAGCAAGAAGUUCAGCAAGAAAUCUCACAGAAAACAAUCCAACUGAAACCUAUGGAGGUAACGGAAGUUAAGCCACUUCCAGUUGAGCCGGUUCCAGUUGAGGAAGUGAUGGAGGAGCAAGUCGAGUUCCGCAAAGAGAUGGAAGUCAAGAUCCAAUCGAACAUCGUCAAAAAGGAAAAGCGACGAAUCUUUGUUGACGACAGCCAACCGCUACCAGAGUUGGAGAUCAUUACUCAGAAACGCGUUCAGGAAGUUACCGACAAAGUAGCGGAAGAGAGCGUUCGUGAAGAGCAACGGAUCCUGGAAAGAACCCAGCAGACUAUAGCUGAGACUAAGAUCCUAGAGCAGAAGGUAAGGAUCAAGAAGCAGAAGGUUCAACCACCGAACUUUAUCGAAAAGUUGCAACCACAGAUCUGCGAACCAAAUCAACCAGUUUUGAUGAAGUGCAAGAUUGAAGGUAUUCCCUUCCCGGAUGUUCAGUGGUACUUUAACGAUACGGUCCUGUUUGCCAAUCCCGAAUAUAUAAUGGACAUUGUGGAAGAUGUGGCAACAUUGGAGAUCGCUACCGUAAUGCCUUACCACGUUGGAGUGUACACUUGUGAGGCGAAGAAUGUCGCUGGAGUUGCCCUCAGUAAGGCAAAUAUUGUUGUGCAAGAGAAACCAGAAGUGGGUGAAGCUCCUACUUUUAUAACCCCACUGAAGAUUUCGGUUAACGAGGAUAGGUCAGUGGCAACGGUGACCUGUCAGGUUCAUGGAAUUCCCCAGCCAAAUGUUCGCUGGUUCAGAGACGAAGAAGAGAUCGUGGAGAUCGAGGAGAUCGAAACGGUUUACAUUGAGGAGACUGGCCACGUAAAGCUGACAGUGAAAAAUCCAAAGCAAAAUCUACCGGUUAUCUACACUAUCCAGGCCGAGAACAAGUUUGGAAGAGCGGUCGGAAAGGCGAACCUGUUCAUCCAGUCAAUAAUGAUUGAGAAGCCAAAGGUAGAAAUGAUCGCUCCAAAGAUUGUAGAGCCAUUGCAAGCUCAGGUGGUUAAGACGGGAUCGACCUUGGUGUUUGAGUGUAGGUUUACCGGCGUACCGAAUCCCACGGUGAAGUGGUUCAGGAAUAGUAAGGAAAUUGUGGAGGAAGAGGAGGUCAUCGUCACUACGGAGGAGUAUUACAGCAAGAUCGUGAUCACCAAGAUGACGAAGAAGCGUGCUGGAAAGUAUGAGAUUGUGGUGCGCAACGAGGCUGGUGAAGCCAAGUCUUCCGCUUCGGUUGCCAUUUCCGACACUACGGAGAUGGACGAAGCCAAGGCGCCAAGGUUUGUUGAACCACUGGUGCCGAAGUUGGUAGCAGAAGCUGAAGUCUGCAUCCUGGAAGCCGCAGUGGAUUCCUAUCCGACAUCCACAUUCCAGUGGUUCCAUGAAGGCGCUGCCAUCAAGUCAUCCAAUGAACUGCGCAUAGUCACAGACGAGAACAAGUCUAUCUUGAUUAUUGAGUCGUUCAAUAGGCGAGAUGUUGGUGCGUAUACGUGCCGAGCGGAGAAUGUGGCGGGUUCUGUAACAUCGACAGCCACCGUACAGGUGCUGGAAACAAUCGAAACCGAAGAAGUUACCGAAUAUAUAUCACCACGUUUUAUUGAAUCGAUAAAACCGACGCGUGUUAUGGACGGAGAAAAGCUGAUUCUAGCAUGCCAGGUUCAUGCAGCGCCUCUGCCAAAGGUCCAGUGGUACCACAACAAGCAGCUGAUUGUCGAAACGAAAGACAAACGGUACCAACAGGACACCAGUGGCCGCUGUGUUUUGACCAUUUCGGAGGUAUUCCCAGAGGAUACGGGUGAGUAUACGUGUGUGGCUAGCAACAAGAUCGGCGAGGCGAUUUGCAAGACAACAGUGGACAUCGAACCGUUCGAGUACGUUCCCGAUUCGGAACAAUUCCGUAGCUCCGAAGAGGAUUUGUUGACCGACAAGUCUAUCUCAACAUUGGAGGAAUACGCCGAACCGGUGGAGUUUGCUCCGCAGAUUGUGAAGCUGCUUCCCGAGGUGGUCAUGUCGGAGGAGCGACAGCUGACCAAGCUAGAGGUAAAGGUAUUGGCUCGUCCGAAGGCACGUAUUCGCUGGCUUAAGGCCAACGAAGAAAUCAUUCCGUCCGAGGAGUUCCAGAUUGAGAACUUCGAGGACGGCACCUCGAUCCUGAUCAUCAACGACAUCUACCCGGAUGACUCCGGUUCGAUUACUUUCGAAGCGCACAACGCCCUGGGAGUUGCCACGACUACCACCGAGCUGGUAGUGGAAGAACACGUCGGAUCCAAGGCCUAUAGGAAACCGGAAUGGGUACAAUACAUGGAAGACAUGAAAGAAGCACUACAAGAAACACCCGACAUCCGUGAAGACACCGCCAUCACCACCACCUCCACCACAGUCACUACAGCCACCGUUGGCAAGAAAAAACACAAAAAGACCAAAUCAGAAAAGAAACACAAAGAAAUCAUCACCGAAACGAUACAAACAGAAGAAGAUCAGAGCAUUGCCACAUUGAGACAGAAAACACUCAUACUCCCGCUAAAGCCACUGCUUCCGAGCGAAGAAGAGAUGUUAGACGAGAUGGCCAUCGAGUUCCUUAAAUCGCCUACACGCGAAACUAGGGAACUCCCGAUGGGAAUCGCCUCCAUAUCUAGUCUACCGUCCGUAUAUGCCCAGGUUACCAAUCUGGAGCCAAGCGAGACGACCAGUAGCAGUGCAUCCAUCGACAUCGUUCCUCAACGGUCGAUGGUCACUGAAGAGAUCUUGGUCUCAGAACGGGAAUCCGAUACCGUCGUGCUGGACAGCAGCAAGCUAUCCACUGUACCCAAAUACAACAUCAUAGGCCUUAACGAAUCUGUGCAGGUUUCCGAAGUCCUCACCGAGGAAUUUCCUCAAGAAACCAGCCAACCGAAAACCGCGACAUACUUGGCCAAAACCGAACUUAUCCCAACUCAAUCCCUUCAGGUCAGCGAGUCCAUGACUCAUGACUCCACUACCGAUCUGCAAACUCACACCGAAACACCGUCUAGCGCCAAACUCGAACUGUAUACUCACGACGCCAAGAUCGUACAGGAAACGAUCAGUAAUCUCUCAGAAGAAGAUCUCACUCUCCCCCAAGCCCCCGUCUCUAGUAAAGCACACCGCACCGUUCUCUCCAGAGAAUCUAUCGAAGUCACCGAAGUGAACAAAAUCGAAAAAGAACAAGACUUUGAUUCGCAAAUCAAACUACCAUCAGUUACUCCCAAAUAUCACAUCUUACCAUCCGAAUCCAUUCAAACAAGUGAAACGAUCGCCGAAGACCGUCCAAGUAAGUUCUACCCCGAGCUGGCCGUUCCCACUGAAUCCGCCCGUAAAGUAUUCAUCGAGCAAAAAUCCUACACCACUCACGUCUUAAAUGCUCCCGAGAAAGAAGACAUCUACAUACCGGGUCGUCUGCCUCCUCAACAAAAAGCAGACGUUCUUCUGUUCACCACUGAACCGCUCCAAAUAGCCGAGCAAGCUGCCCAAGAACGAGAAUCUGAAUUUGCCGCCAUGCCGAAACCAACCACCUACCAAGCCGUUGAUACGUUGGCCACCCUGGAAGGUCUCACCACGGAAACCGUCAACGAGGCCUUCUCCACCAGACCAUUCGAAACGGAAUCCUAUGAAACCCGAACGGCUACCAUCGACUUCCGCGAGCAAACAACGGUUUCCGUCUCCAAAGUCGUCAGCAACGAAGUUGAAUCCGAGCUGGCACCAUUCGAACUAGCACCAUCUGCCAAGGCAUCCACAUCCCUAUCAACUCUCUCCGUAGGUGAAUCCGUCGAGCCGUUUGUCCACGAAAAAGAAACUCUGCACCAGGGAGCUCCACGUCCCUAUGAAGCCACCGCCGAAUCCAUCCUGGAACCAAUCGAAAACAUUUCCGUUAUGGAAAUCGAAACAGCUGACACUGCCGGAAGAUUCUCCCCGGAAGCCAUGGAUCGUACCGAGGUGGCCAGCACCGGAUUUACCCUGCAACAAUCCCAUGCCGUUUCAGCUGUUGUAACGAACGAAAAGGAAACUGAAUUCGUAGGAAGAACUGACCAGAAACCUGCCUUUGCCGCUACCCAACUGGACGUCCAACAUCAGUUGGAAGUCAUCACUCACGAAACUAGCGAACGUGAAUCGGACUUUACGGCUCCGCAGAUGCCUGCGGAUCAGAUCGCCAAAACCGUUCCAACCGACAUGCUCAAGUCCGUACAGGUUCAGGAGACUACAACGAAUGUCUCCACAACUGAGUUAACUCAACCGACGCACGAAACAUCUGCUGCUCACGUUCGAACCGAAGAGUUAGAAGAGAAGAUCAUUUCCGAAACCACAAUCUACGAAGGUACUCAGGAAUACGAACAACCUUUGGAACCGGAACAGAAAGUAGCGGAUACUACUCUCCAGCCAAACACCGAACUGAUCGUCACCGAAGUUGUUACCGAGCAAAAAGAACGUGAAGGCUACGAUGUCAAAGAAAUUGCCAAAGAUUACAUGGUCAAACCUGUUCCUACGCAUUCGCUAAAAUCGGUCCUAGUUGAAGAAACUUUAAUCUCCGAUAGUCUUGAUCAAGUGCAGGAGACACCACAUGUUACAUCCUCCGCUGAAGUUAGAGACGAUACGUUUGAAGAAACGGUCAUAUCUGAAACAAUGGUCCUGGAAGGUACCGAGCACUACGCUACUCCUGAAACACCUGCCAUGAAAUCGGUUGACACCAAAACCGAACCAUUGGAGAGCCUCGUAGUUACCGAAGUUGUAACCGAAGUCAGGGAACAAGAAGGAGUCACGGUUACUGAAAUUUCCAAAGACUAUGUUGCCAAGGCUUCGGCAACGGAUGCCCUGAAAUCGGUUCUCAUCGAAGAAGUGCAAGUUUCCAACAUCACCAGCGAUCUCGUGAAACCGGAGGUUCAAACGUCUUCCGCGACGAUCAACAGAGAUGAACUCGAGCAGACUACAGUUCUGCAAGCUCUCAUCCUGGAAGGACUCAACAGGCUGUUGGAGGAUACGAAACCGGAACUAAAAACAGCCGAAGCGUUGCUAAGUCCAAACAGAGAGUUAACCAUUACAGAAAUCGUUGCUGAGCAGAAAGAGCGAGAAGGUUUCGACGUUCGAGAAAUUGCAAAGGACUACGUUGCAAAGCAGGUUCCUUCACAUACACUGAAAUCUAUCGUUGUAGAAACAACCGAAGCCACUGAUUCGGUUGGUAAUGUAACCGAGCUUCAGAUGACCGAAUCUUCUGCUACAAUGAAGACGGAUCAGUUUGAAGAAAAAAUCAUCAGCGAAACGAUGGUCUUUGAGGAAACGAGGAAACAUGAGCAACAAGAAUACGAUACCAAGCAAGCAGAACCGACACUGCUUCCAAUUUCUGAGCUGAUCAUUACCGAAGUGGUGCCCGAACAGCGGGAAAAGGAAGGAUAUGACGUGUGUGAGAUUGCUAAGGACUACACCGCUCAAGCAGUUCCUAGCCAUACAUUGAAGUCGGUUCUCGUACAGGAAGUACUCACUUCGGAUACGGUAGAUCAUGUAGUACAAGAAACGCCUCAGAGCAGUUCUGCUACGGUCAAGACCGACCAGAUGGAGCAAACGGUUGUUUCGGAAACCGUUGCCUAUGAAGGAAUUGAUACGGUUUCGGAACAGCAAAAACCAACGGAAAUAAUAGCCGACAAGGUGAUCCAAUUGGUAAAUGAACUCCUGGUAACCGAAGUGGCACCGGAAGAGAAAGAACGUGAAGGUUUCUCAGCUGCUGAGUUAGCCAAAGAUCACGUCGCAAAGGCAGUUCCGACCGAUACACUGAAAUCGGUAACGGUUGAAGAGGUACUUACCACGGAAGAUUCAGAAAAAUUCGAAAAGGUUGAAACAGCUACUACGACAGCUUCAGUAAGAAGUGAUCAGUACGAGCAGACCGUAAUACAGGAAACCAUGAUCUACGAAGACACUGAACGCUACGAUGAAGGUCCGAAACCAACGGAAAAACUUGCCGAAACUAUUGUAAUGCCCAUUUCGGGGCUAGUCAUAACUGAAGUUCAUCCGGAACAGAAGGAAAUAGAAGGAUACGAUGUAAAAGAGAUAGCUAAGGAUAAUGUGGCAAGAUCUGUCCCGUCACACACUUUGAAGUCAGUUACCGUAGAGGAAGUACUCCUGUCUGAAAAGGAAGAACAGCUAGUCAAACCGAAAACGAUAACGUCAACCGCAUCCAUGCAAAGUGACGAACUGGAACAGAAGUUUAUUUCGGAGACGAUGAUCUUCGAAGGUUCUGAACAUCUUCCGGAGGACGAACAGCCAUCUAUGAAGAAAGCAUUCCCGAUAUAUCAACCCAAUACAGAGGUUGUUGUUACAGAAGUCGUUCCUGAACAAAAGGAACGGGAAGGAUUCAGCGUUGAAGAAAUCGCCAAAGAUCACGUAGCAAUGGCAGUUCCAUCGCAUACAUUGAAAUCGGUACAGAUUCAGGAGACCCUGUCAUCCGAAAACGUCGAUGACUUUAUCAAGGAAGCUACUGCCAUGUCAUCCGCAGUGUUCAAAGAGGAUCAAUUCGAAGAAACUCGCAUACAGGAAACCAUCGUUCUGGAAUCUACAGCCAAAUAUGACGAACAAGCAAAACCAGAUCAGAAGACUGCCGAUACCAUUAUUUCUUCAAUAAGUGAACUGAUUGUCACUGAGGUGAUUGCCGAACAGAAGGAAAAGGAAGGAUACAGCAUUGAGGACAUUGCAAAAGAUCACACCGCGAAGGUUGUACCAUCAGAUGCACUGAAGUCUGUAACGGUAGAAGAAGUUCAACCAGCUGAUGUGCUAGGUAGAGUAGUUGAUACGAUAACGGAUUCAAAAACUGCUACGAUCAAAGAGGAAUCAUUUGAGCAGACCACCACUUCCGAGACAUACAUCUAUGAAGGACUAGGUCAGUACAGCGAUGAGAAACCUUCACAAAAGGUAGCUGCGCCGAAUGUGGAAACCAUCAGAGAGCUGGUCGUCACGGAAGUCAUUGCAGAGCAGAAGGAAAAGGAAGGAUAUGAUGUGAAGGAGAUUGCAAGCAAUUACGUUGCUAAGGAGGUACAAUCACACACGCUACGGUCCAUACAGGUAGAACAGGUCCAGCCAUCGGAUGACGUCGAACAAAUUCCAGAUCAGGAUACCCAAACAUCCCAUGCCAAACCUGUAGGCAGUGAAAUUGAACAGAAGAUCAUUUCCGAGAAUGUAGUAUUGGAAACCAUCGACACCAUGGUAGAACAGGUUCAACCAGAGCAGAAGUCUGCUGAGGCUAGCUUCCAACCAAGCACGGAGCUGAUCGUUACAGAAGUGAUCGCCGAACAGAAGGAGAAAGAAGGUUACAGCGUGGAAGACAUCGCUAACCAGUAUGUUGCCAAAUCAGUACCGUCUCAUUCUCUGAAAUCUAUUAUCGUUGAAGAGGUUGUCACUUCCAGCGCCACUGGAGACGUUACCACGGACGAAAGUAGUCUUUCCACUGCUCAAAUCAGAGAAGAUGAACAUGAACAAACCACAGUCACCCAACAAAUUAUUCUGGAGAACUAUGAACAGCUGGAGAAGCCUCUGCAACCGGAACAAAAAUCCGCCGUACCAUCCAUGCAACCAAACGAGGGCUUGGUAGUCACUGAAAUUGUUUCAGAACAGAAGGAAACUGAAGGAUACAGCGUUGAAGAGAUCGCCAAGAACUAUUCGGCCAAACAGGUUCCAUCUCACACUAUGAAAUCGAUCACCGUGGAAGAGGUUCAACUUGCUGAUGCUACAGAAAGCAUACAGCAGCCGGAAACCUUGACCACCAUGGCCACCGUUCGGAAAAAUGAAUUUGAACAGACUACAGUCUCGGAAACCAUGGUCUACGAAGAACUAGGUAAGCAACUGGAGAAAGUCGCUCCGGAGCACAAAACAGCGGACGCUACACUGCUACCGAUUACGGAAUUGAUGGUAACGGAGAUUGUUGCCGAGCAGAAAGAGAAAGAAGGAUUUGACGUGCAUGACAUUGCCAAAGGCUAUGCAGCCAAACCUGUCACCGAAGGCUUGAUGAGAUCGUUAAUCGUGGAAGAAGUCCAACCAUCCGACCGAUUGGGAGAUGUUACGCAAACUACCGAAGAGCACCUAGCCACUGUACAGAAGGAUGAAUUCGAACAAACGACCGAAACGGAAACAAUGGUAUACGAAGACGUCAGUGGCAUCAUAGAAUCUAUCAAACCGGACUCACGAACAGCUGAUGUAUUACUCCAACCAAAUGUGGAGCUUGUUGUUACAGAAAUCAUCAGCGAGCAACGUGAGAAGGAAGGUUACGACGUCCAUGAAAUUGCCAAGGAUUAUGUUGCUCAAGCUGCUCCAGCCAAGACACUCAAGUCGGUAAUAGUUGAGCAGGUCGAAGUGACGGAAGGUGUUUCCAAGAUAGCGGUCCAAGAACGAACGGAGCAUUCUGCCAUUGCCAGUAAGGAUACACUAGAACAGACCAUUGUAACCGAAACGUUAGCGUACGAAGAUAUCAGUCUACAGGAGCAGACUCUAAUUCCAGAGCAGAAACAAGCCGAGGCCAUCUUGGAGCCCAUGUCAGGAAUUACCAUUACUGAAGUUAUAACCGAGCAAAAGGCCAAGGAAGGAAUUCAAAUUGCGGAACCAGAACAGCAGAAGGCUAAGACGGUUCCAACGGAUAUGCUGAAGUCACUGACAGUUGAACAGGUACAACCUCUGCAAGAGGUAACAGAAGUUGUAUCAGAUAGCUCCAAACCAUCAACAGCUGCCGUGAAAACCGAUGACCUGUCAGUGACCACUGUUUCGGAAACAACGACUUUCGAAGGAAUCAAGGAGUACACUGGCAAGAUUGAAUUCGAUUGGCAUACUGCGAAACUUGUCCCAGCUGAAGUCUUUAAGAGUCUUUCCAUUGAACAGGUUCAGCCUUUCCUACUUACUGGUAAUAUUCCGGAAGAGAUGCUCAAGCCAAUGUCCGUAGUAGUCCAAACAGAUGAACAGGAACAGGUAGUCGCCACAGAAACGACGGUCUUCGAGUGCAUCAAGGACUUUAUAGAAAGAAUGGAACAUGAGGAACACUUUGCCAGACCGGUAACGGGAGACAUUCUGAAAUCACUGACCGUUGAACAGGUCGUAUCGCUACAGCACACCGGAGACGUUGAAAAAUUCAUUGCAAAGGCGUCGUCAGCCCUUUUAACAUCAUAUGAACGUGAACAGACUACCGUCACAGAGUCUAUCAUCUACGAAGCCCUCAAAGAAUAUCUCGGUAAGCUGGAGAUAGAGGGACAAACAGCAAAACUCAUUCCGAGUGAUGUACUGAAGUCUCUUACCGUACAGCAAAUUCAACCUUUGGACGAGUUGGAUAUUGUGGUUCCAGAAGAGAAACCUAUUUCACUGGCAACCACUAGGACGGAUGAAUACGAACAGAUUGUCACUUCCGAGGCUGCGGUCUACGAAGGAUUAAAGGAGUACGAUGGUAAACUGAAACUUGAAGAACAUCUAGCAAAACGUGUUCUUCCAUCCGAGAAAAAAUCGCUCUCGGUGGAACAAACUGAAACCUUCAUCGGGAUCGGAGAUGUUGAGAUCGAUGAAAGUAAAGUUUCCGAAGCGGUUGUUAGAACCGAUGAAUUCGAAGAAACAACUAUAUCGGAAACUACAAUCUACGAAGGAAUACAGGAAGGUCCGGAAAGGAUUGAUGUUCAACAAAAAUAUGCAACUCCUGCGUAUGAUGUACUGAAAUUACCCAUCAAAACAGAAAUCGGAACAACUGACGCGGUUGAAGAUCUUUCGGUUAUGCUGACAACACAAAAGGACAGCGCUACGAGUGUUAUUGUUGAACAAAUAACCGCUUCUCAAACACAAACUGUAGCACAUGAUUCGUUAGGUCAAUUGGAAGCACCAGAAGAGGUAGACACUAAACAUGCGAUUCCCCAAGUAUCGGAUCUUCACGUGCCAACACUUUUGGAAACAAUACCUAGCGAUGCUCUCGAUCAUUUUAUACAACCACAAGAUGUACUCGAACGUAGUGCUACAGUCAAUAUUAGCGAUUUCAUUGUACCAUUACAAUCCCAUACCAUAUCAGCCGACACUACAGCGCCAUUCGAAGAAACCACCGAACCACGUAAGUUUGCCACCAAAUCUAUACAAGAAGGCUUGAGAGCAGCCGAAUGUAUAGAGGUGUCCAGUAACGAACUAAACGACAUAACCGUACCUACUGAAGCCCCUCAAGGACAGGCAUCAGUAUCAUUCACAACUAAUAUCAUAGCAAAUGUAAUGGAAACAACUACACACGAAAAUGUAGAUAACAUUACUGUACAUAGAGAACCCACAGAGCGGUUCGCCCAAUUAACACAAUCGAUGUUCGAUAUGUACGAAGAAAUGAUGCCAUUGGUUCGAGAAGAUGCCGAAACACAAGAACACACAAGUCCUAUUUUUGUCACUACAUUUGAAACAUGCACAGAUGAGAAACAAACAUUCAUCAAAUCCAAGAACAAGAAAAUCAUUAAAUCCCAAGGUAUGAUUGUUGAGGAAACUAUGAGUGACGAAGAUGUCACUCCUAUUCCUCCAUCAUUUCCCGGAGUCCACAUCGAAGAAAUUGAUGAACUACAUGUCACUGAAGACUCUUCAACACCGUACAGCAUACAGACAGAACCCGAAGAAACAGCCACGACAAGUCAAGAGCCAGUUCCCAAACAUAAACUGUCCAAGAAAAAACAAAUACACACACUCAUACAAGAACAAAUUGAGGAUCUUCCAUUGGAAGAAGUAGAGAUGAUUGAACAAGUCGAACAAGAAACAACUGAUGUCGCGGUGGAGAAAUCGAAACGUAGGGUUAUUAAGAAAAAGAGGGUUGAUACUAGGGUGGAUACUGGUGAAACUGUAACCACAGAAGAAGAAACAAUUGAACCUUUGCAAGUCGAAACGAUCACAGAAGAUAUCGCAUUUGAGAGUCAGGUUCCAAAGAUACUUGAAGAGCACGGUCCUGUUGCAGUUACAACAGUGGAAGAGCUUCCAGAAGAUAUACAGGUUACCGAACGAGUGACGGAAAGUGGAGAAAGUAAAAGAACGGUUGUCAAAAAACGUACAAUUAAGAAGAAAUCUAUGGGUAAGGAGGAACUCGUUGAAGUUGUAACGAUUCAAGAAGAUGACAAAGCUCCUGAAACGACUAUAACAGUAACAGAGGAAGAGGUUCCAGAAGGUCCGGUAGCACAGGAUCAGAAACGGAAACCGAAGCAAAGGAAGGUCAAGAAAAUCAAACCAACGGAUGAUACGGAUGACAUUAUUGAAAGGCUGUUAAACUUGGAGGUGAAAAAGACAGAACUUGAGCAAUACGAAAAGGUAGACGUGGAGUUCAAGAAGAAACCGAAAACCCUUGAACAAGUUACCAUAGAGGAACAUCCAGAAGUUGAAGAGAUGGUUCGUACUGAGGAAGGGAAGAUUACCAAGCAGGUGGUUAAAAAGAAGGUCAUCAAGAAACGGGUUGGCCCGAAGGUGGAGGUGACGGAAGUCGUCACAACGCAGCAACAAGGCAGAGAACCCGAAAUUACCGAAACCAUUACCGAGGAGAUUUUUAAGCCAUUCGAGACGGAGCCACAGCUUAUUGAAGAAGCCACUCUAAUUGAAGAAGCACCAGAACAGGUUGAGGUAAUGCAGACGGUAACUGAAACAGGGGAGAUUGUAACUGAGAUUAUCAAGAAGAAGGUUUCCAAGAAAAAGGCUAGAAAGAUUGAGCCAGAAGCUAUUGAACUGCCUGAGGAAGAAAUGGAGGAAUUCUUGAUAAUCCCAGCUUUACCAGAGCAAAUUUUGAUUGAAGAGCUUCCUGAAAAGGUUGAAGUCACUGAAACCGUGACGACCGAAGGUAAACCGAAGAAACGGGUCACAAAAACUAAAGUUAUCAAGAAGAUUACUGGAGACAAAGUUGAGGAAGUUCAAGUGGUAACGGUCCAGGAGGACGAUAAACCAGCAGAGACCACUGUUACACUUUCGGAAGAAUCGAUUCCAGUUGAACCUGUUAGGGUAGAAGAACAGCCAACAGAAGAAGUUAGGCCUAAAAAGAGGAAAAUCAAGACAAUUAAGAAAAUUGGUGAAGAAACAGAUGACAUAAUCGAGAAGCUUCUAAAUUUGGAGGUGAAGAAAACUGAGCUCGAAAGGUACGAAAAGGUAGACGUUGAACCACGUCAACGAUUGAAACAGGUUGAAGAGAUCACGGUUGAGCCAAUUCAGGCCGAAGAAGCCAUCAUUGAAGAGCUUCCUGCAGAGCAUAUGGUUAAACAAGUCACAACUGUAGUCGAAAAGCCGAAGAAGGUUGUAACAAAGAAACAAAUAAUCAAAAAGAGAAUAGGUGAUAAGGAAGAAGUAACGGAAGUUGUGAUGGUUCAAGAAGACGACAAGGCUCCAGAAACAACGGUUACUGUAAUGGAGAGCGUUCAACCCUUUGAGGUAGAACAAGUCCCACAAGAGAUGGCAAUCGUUGAAGAUGCUUCCCAAUUGCUCAAUGUCAAAAAGAGAACCAUCAAGACUAAGAAAAAGGAAACCAAAAUGGUGACCGAGGAGGUUCCACAAGAAGAAACUAUUCCGAUUGAGCCACAACCAAGCGAACAAGUUCAAAUGGUGAUCGAAGAAAUGCCUGAACAGGUGGAAGUCAUUGAAACGAUUACCGAAGAAGGCAAACCAAGGAAGCAAACGAAGAAAACGAAAGUCAUCAAAAAGAAAACUGGUGACACUGUUGAAGAGGUUCAAGUCACCACCGUACAGGAAGACGAUAAACCAGCUGAAACAACGAUAACGGUUACUGAAGAAGUUGACGAACCUUUGCCAGAUGUCGAAGGUGUGCAGCAACAAGAAAAACCUAAACUUAGGAGGAAGAAGGUAAAGACAACCAAAAAGACUACGACGGAUGAUAUGGAUGAUGUCAUAGAACGAUUGUUGAAUUUGGAGGUAAAGAAAACAGAACUUGAACAAUACGAACGAAUCGAUGUAGAGUUUAAGCCCCGAACGAGAAGAUUCGAGGAAACAUCGGUUGAAGAAUUCCCAGAAACUGUCACGGUACAGCACACAGACGAUGGUGCGGAAACCAAACAGGUGACUAAGCGAAAAGUAAUCAAAAAGAAAGUCGGCAAAAAGGAAGAAACAACCGAGGUCGUAACGAUACAAACAGGAGAUUCUGAACCAACAACAACGGUUACCGUGACAGAAGAGGAGCUUCCGUAUGAGCAACCUGAGGAGUUCAUUGUGGAACAGGUGCCAGCGGAAACUGCCGUUAUUGAAGAGCUGCCGGAGGAGGUAAAAGUAACGGAAUUCAUCACUGAACUUGGAAAACCGAAGAAACAAGUCACUAAGAAGCGAACUAUUAAGAAACGAACCGGAGAUAAGGAGGAAGUGGUAGAAGUUGUAACCGUGCAAGAAGAUGACAAAGAGCCUGAGACUACAGUUACCAUCACGGAAACUGAACCAGAGCCAGAAGUACCAGCUGUCGUUGAAGCCGUGCCGAUUGGACAAGCAACGGCUGAGGUGAAGCCCAUUGAGAAGCCGAAACCAAAGAAAAAGAAGGUUAAGACUAUUAAGACUUCAGAGACAGCCGACGAUAUCAUCGAAAAGCUUCUGAACCUGGAAGUAAAGAAAACUGAGCUCGAGCAAUACGAGCGCAUUGACGUUGAAUUCAAGAAGAAGCCAAAAUUGACAAAGGAAACGUCACUUGAACAACCGAAACCCGGUGUAGCAGAGGUUAUAGAUGUGGAAGAGGCUCCUCUUAAGAUAAAGGUUUCAAAGAAGUCGAAACAGAAGAUGGCUGCAACAACUGAAGAAGUGGUUGAAUUGCUAUUGGCAAAGCCAGUUAUUUCCGAACCUGCGGAACCAGAGGAAGUGGCAGAAGAUCAGAUGGAAAAGCUAAUUCCAACUGUCGUUGAGGAAAUAACCGAAGAGGAAACAACUCCGGACGGCACAAAACAUGUUAUCAUCAAGAAAAAGAUUGUAAGGAAAAGGGUAACCAAGGAGAAACCUACCGAGGAGGAGCUACUGAUGCCAGACGAAACAGUGACUGAAAUUGUGGAACAACUGGAACCGUUACCUUCGGAAGUACCGGAAGUUGUUAAAGCGAUUCCGGUUGAAGAGUUAUCAGAAGAAACGACAACUGAGUUUACUUUUGCUAAGCCGGAAGAACAGGAAGCAGUUAUUGAAGAAUAUCCCGAUGAAACCUUCACAUAUGAGGAGAAAUCCUUGAAGCAAUUGCAGAAAGAGCAACUCCAACCAGAAAAAGAACCUGAAGUCAAAAAGAGUCUGAAGAAAAUCAAGAAAAAGGUCAAGAAACCUGAUCAACCUGAUGAAGACGAAGCACUGGAACGAUUGCUCAAUCUAGAAGUGGAGAAAACACAACUGGAAACAUACGAGAAGUUUGAGCUGGAAACCAAACCCAAACCGGAAAAACCAAAACCUAAACUAGAAGCAAUAAAAAUUGAACGCAAAGAACAGAAACCCACAAAGUUGCAGAUAACUGAACCGGAAGAGCUUCCACAGAUGGUCAAGCUGAGAAAAGUUAAGGUCCCCGGAAAGAAGGAAAUUGAGGAGGUGGUGGUACCGAAAGUGCUUUUGAAGAGCCGUAUCGUUGUGGUGGAAUAUCCUCCAGCGGUUCAGUUCCCACAACUGAGCGAACUGAUUACGAAUAAGGGCAUUGGUGAGCUAACAAGAACAGAAGAGGAGGAAGAAAAGAUCAAACUGAAGAAAAUUAAGAAGAUUAAAACUACAAAACACGAUAAGCUGGAACUGGAGAAAGUCGAUCUACCAGAAUAUGAAGAGGAGCAACCGGAAGAAGAAGAGGUUCCAGAAGAGAAGGAAAAGUAUCAACGGAAACCGAAAGAUAAGACUGAAGAAGAGCCGGAAGUGAAAACAUUGAAAUUGGGUAAGGGCAAGAUCAAGAGGGAUGAACCUACAGAGGAAACUGUAACGCUCAAGAAAACUCCGAAGAAACCGAAGGAAGAUACUGAAGAAGAGACAAUAUCGGUGAAGAAGCCGAAGCAAAAGCCUGAAACGGUGGAAGAUGAUAAGAAACAUAGGCACGUUCAAAAACCGAGCUUCCAACCCACUGACAUACCAGACGUCGAGGUGGAAAUCGAAGAAUACAGAAAACCAUCACCUGUUCCGGAUGAACCGGAGGAAAAGAUUCCAGAGAAGAAGAAGCGUCCAAAGAAGCCCAAGGAACCCAAGGAGGAAGAAGAAAUCGAAAGACCUCUGAUAAUGGGUAAAGGCAAGAAGCCGGAAGAAACACCCGAAGAAGAUGUCAAGUUCAGAAUACCAACCUCCAAGAAACCGGAAGACAAAGAGGAGCAGAUCAAAUUGAAACCAAUCUCCAAGCCAACGAAAGAUACAGAUGAUACAGAAAAACAAGCUGACAGAGAACUUGGUCUGCCUGUUCCUGCGGAAAAACCAGAUCAAACGGAAGAAGAAAACAUCACCGUUCAGUUAAGGAAAAAGAAAAUAAUCAAAAAGAAAUCUCCCAAAGAGAAACCUGAUGAAGAACCGGUUGAGGAAGCCACCUUUGAGGAACCUGACCAGCAGGUUACCGUUGUUGAACAACCUUCAGAAGAGACCCCUGAGCCAUUGAAACCAGUCGAACAGCCUGUUGCUGAAUGGGAAAAACCAACAGAGAUCCCGAAAGAACCAGAGACACAGGCAGUAGUUGAAAAGCUACCAGAGCAGGUGGAAAUCAAGGAAAUAACAACAGCUGAAGGUGAACAGCAUAAGCAAAUUAUCACAAAGAAAGUGAUCAAGAAAAAACGACGCGACAAGGAAGAAGUGAUCGAAAUUGUUACCGUACAAACAGGAGAUGAAGCUCCCGAAACUACGGUUACAGUUAGCGAGAUAACCCCUGAGGAGUCAACCCUCGAACAGCCCAAAGAACCGAAGAUUCGUGUGAAAAAGGUCAAAGUCCCGAGCAAAAAGGACGACAUCGACGAAAUCGUACAAAGGCUGCUCGAUCAAGAGAUCACCAAGACUGAAUUAGAGCAGUACGAAAAGUUCGACUUGGAAAUAACUAAGAAACCGAAACCAGUAGAACAACAACAAGUUGAGGUUGUCCAGAAGAAAACAGUAAAGAAAGCAAAACUAAAAGAAAUCAAGCAACACGAAACCCAUUCAUUACAAGAAACACCAACAGAUACCUCAGAUACCCUAGAACUCACGCCAAUCGAGGCACCAACACCAGACACACUACACACAACUAUCACAGAAGAAAAGCCGAGAAUCAGUGCCGAUACGGUUGAACUGAGGGAAGAUGUAUUCGAGACCAAGGAGUUUGUUGCGGAAAUACCGGCCACUGAGGAAGUAGCUCCGGUCGAUAUUCAGGAUGUCACCAUACAACCCGUAGUCGGACAAAAACCAUUAUUGGAGGCAGCCCCUAAGGAAGAAGCCUUCGAGCAACCCAUCGAGGAAGUAUUCGAAGUGCCGGCAGCUCUGCGGGAUGAGGUGCAGAUCACUGCCACCGACAUUCCAUCGGAAGCAAUUGAGAAACCUUUCGUCAGCAAACCUACUUUGGAAGCUGCACCAAAGGAAGAAGCCUUGGAGCAACCUUUCGAAGAGACGUCCGUCGCUCCUGAGUUCCCACUGGAUAGGGUUGAGAUCCAAGCUGUUGAAGUGACAGACUUGAUCACUGAAAAGUCUGCAGUUCAAAGAAAACCACUGCUGGAAGCGGCUGCAAAACAGGAACUGAUAGAAGAGCAAGUCGAAGAAACAGAUAAUGUCCCCUCCCUGUCGAUGGAUGAAAUCAUCCCGAUGGCAGUGGACGUAGCCGAUCAAGCCACUGAAAAAUCAUUCGUCCAUGGGAAACCACUGCUGGAAGCAGCUCCCAUCGAAGAACAGCUAGAUCUAAGCAUUGAAGAAGCAGAUACAGUUAAAUCUCUGUCCAUGGAUGAAAUUCAGGUAGCUCCUAUCGAUAUACUCGAUGAAGCUACUGAAAAGCCACAAAUCCACGAGAAGCCAACAUUGGCAGCAGCUCCAGCUGAAUCGCUGCUUGAACAGAAAACAGAAGAAGCUGAAACUGCUCCAUCCCUGUCACUGGACGAAGUGCAGGUAGCUCCAAUUGAAGAAUCACUUGCUGCUCCUGCCGAACAGGCUAAGGUUGCUCCAGAGAUCGCUGUACAGGUUGCUCCUGAGCCGACCAAGAAGGUCAAGAAGGUCACUAAAGUGAAGAAGAGCAAGAAAUCCAUCGAUGAUGACGAAGAGCUGCAGCGUUUGCUGAACUUGGAAAUCGAGAAAACAGAACUAGAGGUCUAUGAAAAGGUUGAUCUCGACGCCAAGGAGAAGAUCAAACCGGAAAAGGGUGAGCCAGUCAAACUAGAACCUAUCCAAAUAGAACGAAAAGAACAAAAACCAACCAAACUUGAAAUCACAGACACACCAGAACCACAGACAAUCAAAUUGCGUAAGACCGUGUUGCCCGAGAAGAAAGAGAUCGAAGAGGUCACUGUUCCGAAAGUUUUACUUAAGAGUAGAGUCGUACAGGUUGAGUAUCCACCAGAGGCUCAAAAGCCGCAAGUCGUCGAACUAGACACCAAGCAAGGCGUUGGCGAACUCUCUAGGAUCGAAGAGGAAGAAGACGAGCGAAAGAUCAAGAAAAUCAAGAAGAUAAAGAUAAUCAAGAAGGAGAAACCAGACCUUGAAACUCUCGAUAUUGAAAAAUACGAGAAGGAACCUACCGAGAAGGAAGAGAAGGAAGAAGACAAGCCUAAAUAUCAACGACAGGUAAAGGAAAAACCCGUUGAAGAAACGGAGGACAGGACACUUGUCUUGGGUAAAGGUAAGUUAAAGAAGGAAGAAGAUGAAACCGAAGAAAUAAAGCUGAAGAAAACGCCUACCAGACCAAAGGAAGAAGAAAAGGUUGAAGAAGCACCUAAGAAAAAGAAAGAAGAGAAGCCAGUCGAAGAGGAGAAGGUUAAGAAACAAAAGCAUGUUGAAAAGCCUACUUUCACUCCUUCGGAUAUUCCGGAUGUUGAAACCGAACUAGAGCCAUACGAAAAACCAGUUCCAGAACCGAAGGAAAAACCAGUCAAGGAACCCAAGAAACCAAAGGUGCCUAAGGAGCCUAAGGUUCCAGAAGUGCCCGAAGAGCCAGAGCACAAAAUCGUACUUGGAAAGGGAAAACUCCCCGAACCGGAGCCGGAACCGGAAGUCAAAUUCCGCAUACCUGUUGGCAAGAAACCGGAAGAAGAACCCGAAGAAAUUAAGCUCAAGCCAUUCAAGAAACCAUCUCCCGAAAAAGAACCUACGGAGCGAGAUGCCGAUCGGGAUAUGGCUCUACCAAAACCGAAAGAAUAUCCAGAAGAACCAGAAGCAGAGAUAACGAUCAAGAAAAAGAAAAAGAAGGUUCUACAGGAACCGGAAGCUCCAGCCGCAGCUGAAGCAAUUCCUGAACAGGCACCAGCGCCGGAAGAGCCUGUCAAACCGGUUGAGAUGCCACGAGAGGAACCUAAAGUUGAAGAACCAGCACCGGUAGAGGAGAUUAAGAAGCCAAAGGAACUUCCAGUAGAACAACCGAUUGAAUUGGCCACUCCAAAGCCAGUGGAAGAAACUACCGAAGAGUUUUCGGCCCCAGUAGCUCCCACGGAGAAACCUACUGAAAUUCAAACGGAGGCACUUCAAGAACCCGAAAUUACACAGCCGGAAGUUCGUGAGGUCAAAGAAGAAAAGAAGAAAGUAAUCAAAAAGAUUAAGAAACCUAAGGCUAAGUCUGAAGAUGAUGAUGAACUGCAGCGGCUGUUGAACUUGGAGGUCGAAAAGACUCCAUUAGAACAGUACGAAAAGGUUGAUCUGGAACCAAAAGAAAAGGAGAAACCAGCUCCAGAGGUUAAGCCAGUUCAAGUAGUGAAACCGGAGGAGCCUAAGGUUGAACCCGUACCCGUGCCGAAACCAGAACCAGUCGUACAAACUGCAAAGAUUAUAGAGCAAGAACCGGUUCCCGAACAUGUGGCUCCUGAGAAGGUUGAAGAAAAACCUUUGGCCGAAGAGGCUGUCCCUAGUGAGGUUAAGGUAGACUUGAUAAGUGUCGAGCAAGAGAAACCGGUUGAAAUCAAACAGGAUGUUCCUGUACAGGUGGAGGAAGAGGAACCAGUUGAACCAGUGAAGAAGCCAAAGGAGAAGAAAAUUAUCAAGACAGUCAUCAAGAAGCCCAAGAAGGCAUCCAUUGACGAUGACGAACAGCUUCAGAAACUGCUGAACCUUGAAAUCGAAAAGACAGAGCUUGAGAAAUACGAAAAAGUCGAUAUUGACAUUACGAAGAAGCCUAAAAAGGUGGAUGAAGUGGUUAUUGAACAAAAACCAGAGGAACCCAAGGUGGAAGAAGUCCCCGAAGAGGUUAUGAUCAAGCCAAAGCCCAAAGUAAAGGUUGUCAAGCCGGUUGAAGAGGAAGUUGAAGUAGAUUUCAAGAUUCAGAAGAAGCCACGAUUGCCGAAACAACCGCAAGAGGUUGAAGAAAGCAUCACACUGAAGCCAACUCCGCAGAAACCGGAGGAAACGGUAACCGUUGAACGUAUCAUCAAGAUUGAGGUGGAACGCCCAGAACCGGUCACUAUUGAGCCAGUGAUUGAGGAAGCUGAUGAGAUCACCAUUCAACGCGAGGAGAUUUCUUCCAUUGAGCCUUUGGUUGAAGAACCAGCGGAGGAGGUAAUCGAAUCGGAGGAGGUAGUACCGAUUCAACCUAUUCAGGAGGAAAUUUCCGAAGCACAACCCCUCAUCGAAGAUGCGGUGCUCGAACUACCUUCCGAGGAGACACCAGCGAUCGUUGAGUCUGUCCCAAUUCAGCCGAUCAUAGAGGAAAUAACUCCGGUAGUACCUUUGCGUAAAGUGUCACUCAAACCCGUGCCCAAACCAGCUCCCGUUGAGGAAGAGAAACCUAAGGAGAAGCCCAAAAAGAAGACCGUUGUGAUUAAGAAAAAGAAACAAAGCCUGGACGAUGAUGCCGAGCUGCAGCGCCUUCUGAAUCUCGAGGUCGAGAAAACAGAGCUGGAGAUGUACGAAAGGGUUGACGUUGACUUUAAGAAACGCGAGAAGAUGCAGAUUGAAGAUCAACCUCAGCCACAGCGAGCUGUAGAGUCUACGGUUGAACCGGAAGAAACAAUUAAACUGAAGCCCAGAAAGAAGAGCUUGAAGCCUUCGGUUGAGACAAUCGAGGAAACGGAGGUUGCAUUCAAAUUGAAGCCAAAGAAGAAGCCGGAAGUAAUGGAGGAAGAUGCUACGGUCACUCUGAGGAAGCAAAAGCCGAAGGUGGUUGAAGAUACUGAGGUUGAGGAGAUAAUUAAAUUGAGACCGCUGGUGCAGAAGCCAGAAGAGGUUGAAGCAGUUGAGGAGAGCAUAAAACUACAGGCAAAACCGCAACCUUACGUCACGGAUGAGGCUGAGGCAUCGCUGAAGAUUGUCAAGGAAGCUUCUCCGGAAGAAGAGAAGCCCAAACCAAAGAAGAAGGUGAUCAAGAAGAAGAAGGAAGAUGAUGUAGAUGAGAUCACUAGAAAAUUGUUGGAGAUGGAUGUGCCAAAGACUGAGCUGGAGAAAUAUGAAAAGAUCGACAUUGAUGUGUCGAAGAAGCCAAAAGAAACGGUAGAAAAGGAAAUUGAAGCUCCAGCAGAGGAGGUCGUUGAGCAUGUCGUCAUUCGCAAGCAACGGCCACGUCCAAAGCCAGCAUUCCGCAGAGAGGUUCUGGAUGAAGAAGAAGUGAGAAUCAAAAAGAUCAAGAAGGUCCGCCAGCCACGGCCGGUCUUCAAGGACAUCGAACCUUCAACAGUAACAUUCCAGCCAAAACGAGUUAAGCAUAUCGAAGACAUUGAACAGGAGUUCAAGAUUCAGUUGGAUUCUUAUGCUCGUGAGGAAAUAUCCAUGACAGGAAGGGUCAAGUUACCUGCUCCGUAUAGCUACGGAGAAGAAACCGGUGAAGCGCACAUAACUAUCAUCAAAGAGGUUAACGAGGAUGAUGAGGUUGUGUACGAAGUAAUUUACGACGACAGCGAAGUUGACGUCGAAGAGGACGAGUAUGAUCGCUACGCUGAAGAUACUGAAAAUGUGGUCCUAGAGCUUCGCAAACGCCGCCAAAAACUUGAGAGUCUCAUCGUACACCACGAGGAGGAGAUUUCGAUCGACCUGACCCGCCGCAAAUCGCAAGUCACACACGAAGAAGAAUCAUUCACACUGAAACAACAAAAGAAGUCAUUGGCAACAUACUCUGAAGAAACUGCUUCAUUGAAAAUUAUCCGUGAAGAGGAAGCCAAUGACAUGUACUGUAUCGCACCCGUGGAAGCGGAGAAUGAAGAAGCAAUCCACCUGGUCGAAGGCGAAAAGGUCUUCGUGAUCGAUCGCAGUAAUCCCGAGUGGUGGUUUGUCAAGCGGUCCUGGAGUGAGGAACGCGGCUUUGCCCGUCGGGAACUGCUUAUGGACGCCGUUACCUAUCCACAGUACGUUCAGAAGACUCUCAAUGAAAAGAUCGACAAGCUGCCGGUCUUUGAAAAACCUAAACCAAGCGAAAAGCCCCAGGCACCGAAGAUUGUCCAGAAGCUACAACCGAUCAGCACUCAAGAUGGCUACACAGUACAGUUUGAGUGCAGGGUAGAAGGCUACCCACGACCACAGAUUACCUGGUUCCGCCAGACGGCUGUAAUCAAGUCUUCCCAAGAUUUCCAAAUCUUCUAUGACGACGACAAUGUGGCCACACUGAUAAUCCGCGAGGUAUUCCCCGAGGAUGCAGGUACAUUUACCUGCGUUGCGAAGAAUAUUGCCGGUUUUGCAGCUAGCACUACGGAGUUGAGUGUGGACUCGUUCACAUCCGACCAUGGAUCGGAAGUGGCAACCCUUUCUCGCAAGAGUAUGUCCCGCGAAUCAUCUCUCGCCGAUAUCCUCGAAGGUAUCCCACCAACCUUCUCACGCAAACCCAAAGCACAGUACGUUGACGCCGGUUCAGAUGUUCUACUGGAAUGCCGUUUGGUAGCAAUUCCUGAACCAGAUAUCCAAUGGUUCUACAACGGUACCGAGAUCACCUCCAAGGAUAACAUCCAAGUCGUAGUUGAGUCCGACAUGCACAUGUACUGUACCAUUGUUCAGAUUCAAAAUAUCGACAAGGUCCAAGAAGGUUCCUACCAAGUAGUCGCUCGCAAUCGUGAAGGUGAAUCGUCACUGGAUAUCACCGUCAAGGUCAAAACUGGAGUGCAAGAGCCUCCACAAAUUUUGGAACCACUCAAGAGCAUGAACAUCCGCCAGGGUGAAACCGUAAUGCUAUCGACUCAGAUUGUCGGUAAUCCAACACCCGAAGUGCAGUGGUUUAAGAACGGAGAAAUCCUGAAACUCCCAACCCAAGUCGACAAGAACAUAUACACCGUUACUCUUCUGUCGCCAACGCACGACAACGCUGGUGAGUACACUGUCAAGGCGAAGAACGCUGCUGGUACCGUUGAGACGGUUGCCUUCCUAACGGUGGACGAGUCCAACUUCGGAAACCCUCAGGCCCCACUGUUCUUGACACGAUUUGAAGAACAAAGCGUUCCACAGGGUGGUACCAUCAAACUGCCAGCAAAGGUCUCCGGUAACCCCGUUCCGGAGAUCCUAUGGCUGCGCAAUAACAACACUCUUUUGACAACCAAGAAGGUCAGGCAGGCCUACGAUGGACAGAACAUUGAACUUACCAUCUCGAAUGCCGACUCCGAACAGGAUUCCGGAAACUACAAGUGUAUUGCCUCCAAUACGGUAGGCAAGGCUUCGCAUGGCGCUCGAGUCACCGUUGAAGUCGAUAAGGUGACAUUCGUCAAGAAGCUAAAGAAGACCGUGACGGUUGAGGAAAGCAAAUCAGUUACCUUGGAAUGCGAAACCUCACAUACCGUAUCGACCAAGUGGUUCCAUAAUGGUAAGGAAAUGAGCGGAAUGGACCACCGGGUGAUUGUUCAAGAAGGCAAGGUCCACAAGGUGGUCAUCAAGAACCCAACCAUCAAGGACACUGGAGUGUACAAGUGCACGGUUAAGGACCAGGUUACCGAGUGCAGCUUGACAGUGCUGGAAGCCAAGCCAGAGUUCUUGCGUAAGCUGGAAGACGUCGAAACCAAGGAGAAGCAGAGUGCCGUACUGGAGGUGGAGAUAACUUCGGAAACGGCGGACGUCGUUUGGUACAAGGAAGGUAAGAAGGUUGUAGAAGAGAAGGGCAAAUAUGAGUUCUCCAAGAAGGGUAAGACCCGAACUCUGCUGGUCCGAAGCACAUCGGUGCACGAUGAAGGCGAGUACACCUGCGCAUUGGCAGAUCAGGAAUGCUCCGCUGAAGUGGUGGUCAUCGAGCUACCACCGGAAAUCAUAACUCAUCUGAAGGAUGUCACGGUAGCUCGUGGAGAGAAUGCUGUGUUCGAUAUCGAGUUGACCAAGGGUGAUGCUUUGGUUCGGUGGUACCGAGAUGAUACGGAGCUAUCUUUCAACGGACACUACCAGCUGACAAUCGAUGGAAAGCGACAGACGCUCAAGAUCAUCAAGACCGUCGAUGAGGACACUGGAGUGUACAAAUGCGUUGUCGGUGAUCAGCUAUCCACUGCUAGGCUGACGGUUGAACGGCCACUGGUUGACUUUGUCAAACGGCUGCCCGAUGUUACUAUUGCUACCAAAGAAACGGACGCUGUAUUCGUGGUGGAACUUUCCGAAUCUGCCGAGGUCACGUGGUACAAGAAUAGUAAGAAAAUCAAGGCCUCCAGCAAGUACGAGCUGGUAAGUGAGAAGAACGUUCGUAAGCUGAUUGUGAAGAACGCCACGGAGGACGACGAAGAUGAAUACACGUGUACGAUCGCUAAUGUUAAAACGUCAUCCAAGUUGAAGGUCGAAGUCAUCAAGGUUGCUCCGACGAUCUUCGAUGAUGGUUCGAGGACCUACACGAUUCGCAAGGAGGACGAUGUAACGUUCAAUGUUAAAUUCAACGCUACGCCCAAACCGGAUGCCGAGUGGUACGUAAAUGAAAAGCUGAUCAUCCCGUCACCACGGUUCGUCUCCAAGGUUACGGAGGAAACGGCAAGCUUGACUAUCAAGAAGGUUGUCGAGUCGGAUGCUGGGGAAUACACCGUGAGGUUGGUGAACGAGUGCGGCGAUGCAAGUGCGUCGUUUACGCUGAUUGUUAAGAGACAACCAGGUGCUCCGGACGCUCCAGAGGCCACGCAAAUCACGGACGAUUCGAUUACCCUGUUCUGGAAGUCACCUGAAGAUAAUGGAAAUAGUACAAUCACCGAGUAUAUUUUGGAGUACCAGGAGAAGAGUAAGAAGAAGUGGACCGAGAUCACCAACAUCUCCGAGACCACCACUACGGUCACCAAGCUGACGAAAAAUUCCGAAUACACAUUCCGUGUGACUGCGGUUAACGAGAUGGGUAAAGGACCGGCUUCGCCUAACUCUCCGUACUACAAGAUCGCCGCUCCGGUCAAGAAGGAAGCUCCGCUGGUGAGCGAGCAUCUGAAGGACGUGCAUAUUGGACUGGAUCAGACGAUUACCCUAACCUGUGUGGUUAACGGUGUUCCGACUCCGGAGGUGACGUGGUACCGCAACGGAGUGGUCCUGAAGGAAAAGACCAUCACAUACGAGAAUGGAGCUGCGAAGUAUGUGGUUAGCAAGACUAUCAAGGAAACUAGCGGUUCGUACGUGUGCAAGGCAGUCAACGAAGUCGGUAGCGUCGAGAGCAGCUGUAAGGUCGUGAUCGAAGAGAAGCCAACCGUCACUGUGGAUAAGAAGCAGAUCGUUCAAAAACUUCGUGUUGGAGAUGAAUGGACUGUGGUGGCCAACUUUGGAGGUUAUCCAGUUCCGGAUAUUGUCUGGUACCGAGAGGAAGAGGUUAUUGAGUCUACGGCUGAGCACACAAUCGUGACUACGAACAUGACUUCUACGAUUGUGAUUGGAGCCUUGGAUCGUUCGGAUAGUGGCAAGUAUGUGAUUGAAGCAAGAAGCUCUGCCGGGUCGGCAAGCGUUGAACUGCAACUCAAGGUUAUCGAUAAGCCAAGCAAACCGGAAGGACCGAUCGUCAUCAAGGAACUCAGUCCGGAGGCCGUUGUGAUCGAGUGGAAGCCACCAGCGGAUGAUGGUGGUUUGGAGAUUUCGCAAUACUCGAUUGAGAAGUGUGACGAUACCAACAAGAACGCAUGGAUCAAGGUGGCCGAUGUUCAGAAGAACAUCAAAUCGUACUGCAUUCAGAAGCUAGUGGACACGACUCAGUACCACUUCCGUGUGAUCGCACAGAACCCUAUCGGUUGUUCGGAACCACUGGAGAGUGCUACUGUUACCGUCAGGCAGGUUCUGGAGCCACCGUCUCCACCACGUGGACCGAUCGAGACUUCGGGCAUGUCGAGCCACUCGUUUACACUGACCUGGGAGCCAUCGGAGAAUAACGGUGGAAGCAAGAUCACCGAGUAUAUGGUAGAGAUGAAGGAAUCCAAGAAGAAGGUUUGGAAGGUCGUUGGAAGUACCAGCGGCAGUGAAACAUCUCUGCUGAUUGAGAAUUUGAACGCUGGACGCGGUUAUGACUUCAGGAUCUAUGCAAAGAACAAGAUCGGAACGAGUGAAGCUCUCCAGACGGAGGAGUCGAUCAUCGCCGGCAAGGAAAUCACACCACCAUCCGCGCCACGAAAUCUGCGCAUUGUCAACGUAACCAGCAAGAGCAUCAAGCUCGAAUGGCAGCAGCCGGAAACGAACGGCGGCUCGGACGUGACAGGUUACGUGAUCGAGAAACGGCUCACCACUGCCCAGCAGUGGACCAAGAUCAAAACCCUAGACGCCAACUGUCUCAGUUACUGCGUCGACAACAUUAAAGAAAAGUCUGAACUAGAAUUCCGCGUGUUCGCCGAGAACGUCAUAGGGCUAAGUCCACCGGCCACUUCCGAAACAGUUACACUGAAAUCACAUGCCACGGUGCCUUCGCCACCAACUGGACCCCUGGAGGUGCGCUACCUGGGUCCCAACAUCAACAUUGUCGAGUGGGGCAUUCCCGAGUCCGAUGGAGGUGCGCCAUUGGAGGGAUACAACAUCGUCAUUCGCAAUGUCCGGAAGACCAUGUGGAUGGAGGUUGGCCAGGUGUCGGCCGACUGCCAGUCGUUCAACAUCAAGGACCUGGCCGAGGACGAGGAAUACCUGAUCCGUAUCAUCGCCCACAACGAGGUCGGCAACAGCGACCCGCUGGAGUCGGAAGAACCGUACCGGGCUCAACUGGGAGCUGCUCCCGAGGAUGCCCACGACGAAACGACAAGGGACUUUACGGAACCGUCCGCCACGAACACAUCGUCCUGGCUGAGGGAACACAACAUGACCGCAGACAUUCACAGCUACGCUCGACACACACUGCUCAGAAGAAGGGAGUACUUCUUCAAACUGUGGGUCAACGCAAAGAGCCUGUUCAAGUGAAGCGAUGACAAUUCCUAACCAAAACACAAAUAGCUCAAGUUCUAACUUAUUUAAAUUACGUAAAUUGAGAGAUAGAGAGAUGUACAUUUAAGAACAAUCGACAAUCCCGGAGAAAGUCCCAAAUCCCUAUUAGCCGAUAAGACGAGAUAAGAAGCACAACUCAGUGGCUCCUCCAUAAUACGUACACACAUUGUUCGUGAAGUGUCGAUUUUCCGAGUGCCCAAUGGUUUGCAGUUGUAUGUAAAUGUUACCCUAAUCAAAUUUCACCGGUUGAAAGGAGAAAACGACUACGAUUUGUUUCAUGUAACUGUGAUACAGAAAGAGAUUUUAUUGUAGAAAAAAAAAAGCAAAUUUCGCCACUCGCUGCUAGAGCAAAGCAAUACAAAGAGACAAACAAAAAGCAAACGAAAGAGUUUCACAAAUUUUUGACACAAAACAAAACGACGAAAUGGCUAUCUAUGGAAACAGCCAUUCGGAUCCCCGAGAUUUAUCUACACUGAAGAGAAAAAACGGAGAAAUCGAAAAAAAGUUCUAUCCCAAAUAUAUAUUUUGUAUAGUUAUGCUAUGUUAUAUCAUAUUCUAGUGGAGUAAAAUUCUAUAUGUUGGAACUCACUGCGAAUCACGGCAAUCGACUGCGCAGCGAUUGUCAUCAAUUGGAGAUACCCAAGUGCCCGGUCUCUCGACGAACAUCAUCGAGGUCAACGAAAAACACAAAUUCAUAGGGAGACGAUUAGUAUAGGUGCGUACAUUAAUCGAAAACUUCAACCGGACCUGGGACGAGCAUGGAAGGGUAUCUCCGAGGGAUGCCGUUGCUACGAAGAACCCCAAUUCGCAACACUAUUUAUACUGUAGAAAAUUUGAGUUUUUAUUUUCCGUUUUAUAUUGAUUUGAAACGUAAGAAACGACUUCUUUUUGUUCACCAAUAGUGUGUUGAAAUUAAAUGAAAAACGAGUAAUACAAACAAA